AUGUCUCGACUCUUGAAUGUGGAAGGUGGCUCCUCCUAUCGUGCCAGGGUCACCAGGCGAUGUGGCCUUGCAGGCAAAUCUCCAACCUCAAGGAAUGCGCCUAAGUCCACCACCAAUUCUGUAAAAGAACUGAGUAGGGUCUUUUCGUUCCCUCAUGACCUACCCGGUGAGUUGUCUCAUCUGAGAAUACAUUUAUUAUGCAGGAAAGAGUGUGGUCAAAACUAGCCGUAACCUAAGUGGUUCCAGUAUUUCAAAUGGACUGUGUAAUCCGUGGCUGCGGUAGAGAAAAGACUCCCAAAGGACGUCCAAUCAAGGUCCCAAACUGAACUUCUGUGGUGAAACGGUGGUCGACUAUUCUGGGGAUUGUGAAUCCCGGAAAUAUUCAAAAGAAUGGGAAUGUAAACCGGGGUUGAGAUUUCCAUCCAGAUAUAUCAUCGUCUAAGAGUGAUAAGAUGUCCAAUGGUGAUUGGGACCUGUAUAACAAAGAAGAGCCCUCACGUGCUGUAGUGAGAGAGUGAAAUAAUCUGAUUACCCAUUUGUACGAUCCUGUUCCAUGCCCGACCUGUCAAAAUUCGUGUAGGGGUUCCUGGUCUACACGCCACCUAUGAGAUAGGGUAUAAUAGAGUGAGACCGCUAGGUCCCUGUACCCCUGUGAAGCACAUCAAUCCUAGAGCUAACUAGCCAGCUGGCUCCGUAUACACCAUGUACAGAGCCUGUAUAACUGAGUUUCAUAUAUACCUGUAACUCACAGUAACCUGUGAUAUACACUGUCAGUAGAACUCACAGCAACCUGACAUAUACACUGGCAGCAAAACUCACAGCAAUCUGUGAUAUACACUGUCAGUAAAACUCACAGCAACCUGCGAUAUACACUGUCAGUAAAACUCACAGCAACCUGCAAUAUACAAUGUCAGCGAUAUCACAGCAACCUGCGAUAUACACUGUCAGUAACACUCACAGCAACCUGCGAUAUACACUGUCAGUAAAACUCACAGCAACCUGCAAUAUACAAUGUCAGCGAUAUCACAGCAACCUGCGAUAUACACUGUCAGUAAAACUCACAGCAACCUGCAAUAUACAAUGUCAACGAUAUCACAGCAACCUGCGAUAUACACUGUCAAUAACACUCACAGCAAUCUGUGAUAUACACUGUCAGUAAAACUCACAGCAACCUGCAAUAUACAAUGUCAGCGAUAUCACAGCAACCUGCGAUAUACACUGUCAGUAAAACUCACAGCAACCUGCAAUAUACAAUGUCAGCGAUAUCACAGCAACCUGCGAUAUACACUGUCAGUAAAACUCACAGCAACCUGCAAUAUACAAUGUCAGCGAUAUCACAGCAACCUGCAAUAUACACUGUCAGUAACACUCACAGCAACCUGCAAUAUACAAUGUCAGCGAUAUCACAGCAACCUGCGAUAUACACUGUCAGUAACACUCACAGCAAUCUGUGAUAUACACUGUCAGUAAAACUCACAGCAACCUGCGAUAUACACUGUCAGUAAAACUCACAGCAACCUGCAAUAUAUACUGUCAGCGAUAUCACAGCAACCUGCGAUAUACACUGUCAGCCAAACUCACAGAAAUCUGAGAUAUACACUGUCACUGAAACUCACAGUAAUCUGUGAUAUACACUGUCAGCAAAACUCACAACAAUCUGUGAUAUACACUGUGAGUAAAACUCACAACAAUCUGUGAUAUACACUGUGAGUAAAACUCACAGUAAUCUGUGAUAUAUACUGGGGAGGGGAGUUUUAUAGUAAUUGAAUGUUAAUACAAAUGAUAAUAGCAUUAUUGCAUUAUUGUUAUGAUUAACAAUGUAAAUGAUUCUCUUUUAAGGAGACUCUUCAAAGAUAGAAUAUAAUAAGUGAGCGUAUAUUAAAUUAGCAUAUGGUUAGCCGUAAGUUUAGGUUACACGUGGAAAACAUUAGGUAAUGCCACAUGUUUUGGACAUCACAGGACAAUUAUUAUCUGUACUACAGGGCCAAGUGUGCUAAAUUCAUCUUCUACUGAUGGAGUCAAAUUAAUAGAUAGUUCAGAAGUCAAAAGGUGACAUCCCCUUUGCUAUGUUUGUAGAUACAACUGCUAACUUGUCAGCCUCGUGUACGUCUUCGAAUUCCCCCAUCCUGUCUUUAUAAGGGUCCAAAUGUUUGAUUUGGAAAAUAAUCUAAAUUCCUUUGACAAACUAACCAAAAAGAGAUAGGACACUUCCUGUUUACUGUGUCAAAGGGUAAGUAUCCUAGUUACAUAGUAUUUGGGGAACAGUUUGUAGGUUUGUGUAGUUGAAAAUUCCGUGUUUGUUUCCUUUGCUUACUCUUAGAAAGCCAAUUGUAACACAGCUGCCGCAGCCAUUGUAAACGUUCUAUAUAAAGAAAAAGUGAUCUUUUUUUUUUACAGGAAUACCAGAAAUGUGAAACGUUCCAUGUACAGGAUUUUUGUCAUAAAAUGAGAAUCUUCAUUGAAAAAUUUGCCAUCAAAAGUGGUUUCUAGCAAACAAGUUAAACUGCUCCUUGCACAACAUUCAAAAAAAGAAAAGAAAAAACACAUUUUUAUCUGGCUUAUGAUGAGAAUGAUUUACAUAAAUAAAUCAUAAUCUACAUCUCCAACAAGACAAUGAGCUAUUUCAAAUAUUCCAUUCCCCCUUGAGAGCAUAUUUCAAACCCAGAGGAGGGUUGGCAAGGGAAUGGCUCCGCCAUCUUGGCUCGCUGUCAGUUAUUUUCUAAUGCAGUGUGUGCCUUAGUUGUGCCUGGACUGAACUGUAUUGCACAUAUUUAAGGAAAACAACGCCAUUACACGAAAAAGGUUAACAUGGAUUAUGGGUAAUUUUAAGAGUUUUAUUCAAUUUUGUAAUUUACAGAGAAGUGACAUUUCCCCAUUAAUAGAAAGGUAUAGAUUUACAGUUUGAAAAUGUAAAGUUAGGGAAACAAAAUAAUGGUUACGAUUUACAGGAGUGCUAUGGCACCCCAACAUUGUAAAUAGUAAAACUAUUUCAGAACAGUGCUUUUUACAUCAGAACCCUAUACAAAGUGUAGGAUUCAGAAUAUUCACAUAGCACCGAUUAUAAUCAAAGUCAGACACGAAUGUACCCUGUAGGAAUGCACAUUUGCAUGAUAAUGAUAAUGAUAAUUUGGCAAGUACUAUUUGCCAGAGGGUAAAUAGUUAAACCAUAGACAAUGCAAGGAUUAACCAUGUGGCUUGAUUGCCAGCAGUCACAUUAAAAUGUAGAAAAUAAAGCAAAUUAAAUAAACCUAUGGGGUCCCCCUUUUGAAUAUAAGGGAGGUUAGGCAGUGGCUGAGUGACAGGCAACAGAGGGUUGUGGUCAAUGGAGUAUAUUCAAAGCAUGGGCUUGUCACCAGUGGGGUACCUCAGGGAUCUGUACUUGGACCCAUUCUCAUUAAUAUUUUUAUUAGUGAUAUUGCAAAAGGUCUUGAUGGUAAGGUAUGUCUUUUUGCUGAUGAUACUAAGAUAUGUAACAGGGUUGAUGUUCCAGGAGAGAUAAGCCAAAUGGCAAAUGAUUUAGGAAAACUAGAAAAAUGGUCAGAGUUGGGGCAACUGACAUUCAAUGUGGAUAAGUGCAAGAUAAUGCAUCUUGGAUGUAAAAACCCAAGGGCAGAGUACAGAAUAUUUGAUAGAGUCCUAACCUCAACAUCUGAGGAAAGGGAUUUAGGGGUGAUUAUUUCUGAUGACUUAAAGGUAGGCAGACAAUGUAAUAGAGCAGCGGGAAAUGCUAGCAGAAUGCUUGGUUGUAUAGGGAGAGGUAUUAGCAGUAGAAAGAGGGAAGUGCUCAUGCCAUUGUACAGAACACUGGUGAGACCUCACUUGGAGUAUUGUACACAGUACUGGAGACCGUAUCUUCAGAAGGAUAUUGAUACUUUGGAGAGAGUUCAGAGAAGGGCUACUAAACUGGUUCAUGGAUUGCGGGAUAAACCUUACCAGGAAAGGUUAAAGGAUCUUAACAUGUAUAGCUUGGAGGAAAGACGAGACAGGGGGAUAUGAUAGAAACAUUUAAAUAUAUAAAGGGAAUCAACACCGUAAAGGAGGAGACUAUAUUAAAAGAAGAAAAACUGCCACAACAAGAGGGCAUAGUCUUAAAUUAGAGGGGCGGCUAAGUUUAAAAAAUAAGUAUUACUUUACUGAGAGGGUAGUGGAUGCAUGGAAUAACCUUCCAGCUGAAGUGGUAGAGGUUAACACAGUAAAGGAGUUUAAGCAUGCGUGGGAUAGGCAUAAGGCUAUCCUAGACUUAAGAUAAGGCCAGACGGAUGGGGUCUGAAACAUAAGAGGAGGAGGGAACAUUAUCCCCCACAGGUCCCAUGUCGUGUGCAUCGGGGAGGACUUUAAAUUUAAACAAAAUUACUGUCCAACCCCCUGCACCCUCCAGUGGCCAGUGGAUGGAAGGCAAUUAAGUAAAAAAACAGGGGACAUCCUAAUGUUCCACCGGAGGCUCCCAUUCUUGGUCAAAACGGUACGCAAUGCAAUGCAAUAAAAAUGAAUCAGUUUUGGCCAUUUAUUGGUUUAGAGUCAGGUGGUGCCCUGUUUUCUCCCCUGGCUUAGUUAAAAUACAUAGGGCUAUGCCAUACAUUAAUCUUUCUUCUGUUAGUCCAAGACAGCCCCUCUAUCCCGAGGCAAGAACUCACCUUCCAUUAUUUAUUCACUAAAGAUUUUGGCUUUUUUUUUUUUUUUUAUUCACUUACAUAAAGUCUAUCCAGAUUUCUAUGCACAUCCCACCAAACACGAGCAAAAAAAUAAGGCAUUGAUUUGUUUUACAUGUUGUAGAUAGUCACAAUUUUAUACAUUUGUUGAGUCUGUAGCAUUUUGCUUUGCAAUAUUACGUUCGUAGAACUGGAUAACUUGAUCUCUAAAAUUUCAAAGAUGUUUUUUACAUUUUUGUAAUUUAUCCAUUCUAAACUAAAUGCCUCACUUUAGAAAAUGUUAGUUCUUAAAGGCUUGUGAAGAAUUAGGAAGGCCGUAAUAUUCAUACUGUAUACCCUGGGGUGCCUCACACUUACCAUGACAUCAGCUUCAUCACAGCUGUGUGACAGUUCUUUACUUUUUCACAGCUUGCCGUAUUUCCAUAGUCAAGAAAAUUCUUGUGUACUUGACUAUUAACAUUAUGAAAGCUAUGUGCAAUACGUACAUUCUUAGUAACCAAGUUUAUUUAAAGGAAAAAUAAACUUGCUUAAAAAUAAAGACAUUUAGAGGUUUGAUUUUUUUUUUAACACAAAUAUGAAAAUUAAGUAUUUUUCAUCUUUUUCCAACAUGCAAUGGAUAGAUAAUACCUGUGCAUCCAGAGAAAUUGAUUUUUCGUGAGAAUUUUGGCAAACUGCGAGCAAUAUUUAAGGCAUUGGUGAAUUGCAAGCUCUGUAUUCUGUAUGUUGAAGAAUGGAUUUUUUUUACCCAUACGUGGAGAAUAAAUUAGGAAAAAAAUUUUGUCAAAUAUAUUUGGUCUCAGUAUUGCUGUGUUUUUGUUAAUUUUGGACUCUUUAUUAAAGCAAAACAGACGGAUAACAGAACUAUUACUGUUUAAUGUAGUGGUUCCGGGGUAUACAGCCUGUCUGUGUGGACUCAGCAAUAAAAAUGCGGAUCCUGCAUACAGCUGCCUAAGGCCACUUCUACUUUAAGUCUUUAAGUGAUAUCACUCUUAGAAAGUAAUUUGGUGUUUGCGUAACCAUUACAGUUAUAAAAUAUAGAUUGGUAUAAGAUAUGUUUAUAUUCAUAGAGCACAAAUACAGUGCCUAUGUAAAAAUGCAUGUGUCUGCUUAAAAUCUGCUACCAAACUUUUUUUUUCCCAUCAGCACUUGUUGCACGUUUUUAGUUGGAGUUUGGCAGCAGACCUCCUCCACCUGUGUAUAUAUAACAUAUGAGAUUGUAGUAAAAUGGGGAAACAAUAGACGUAUUACUACCUAUUAUGUUUUAUAAACUACCAGCUCGUACUGCAAUGAUUUGCAAUAAUUAAAAACAAACUGAAAUACAAGGAACGUUAUAGAAAAUUCAAAGGAAAAAUCUGCAUUUUAAGAGAGAAUAUAAUGCAAAACACCAGCAGGGCUAUACAGCUGGGGAAACUUAGAAUUUAUACAGUUUAUUACUCAACUGAUGGAGUUUAAAACCCCUACUCUACUGGGUUCCAGGAAUACCCAAGCAGUAUAUAUAGAGGGAGGGACAGAGUUCAAAAACAGCUAAUAGCUAUACAAACCAUUAUUGAGCUGCAUAAACCUUAUAAGACUUUAAACAAGUCAAACUAGUAAUCAAUGGGAUAUUAAUUUACCCUAGAGGCUGCUAGGUUGGCAACCCCCUGGAAUUGAAAUGUCUGUAAUAUCGAGGAGAAAUAUAGAGCCAGAUAUGAAUUAAGGUCACCAUAACCAAACCUAGAGAAGGAACAAGGCUAGACUGAUACAAGACAAACUCUUGUAAGAAAUAAGGAACCCAUUUUGUUAUGGAUAACAAAAAAAAAUUAGAGAACCUCCAUGAAACCCAGACACGGUCUCGAAAUUAUAGUUCUAUUACCUGGUUCUUGACCUGGUUCUGCCCCUGAUCUCAGCCAAUCCAAUGCUUUUCUAUGUGAAAGCACUGUGAUUGGCUCAGAAAACCACUACUGAUAUAAAUUAAAACCCAAAUGGAUGGCAUUGUCAAACCAGAACUGGAACAAGUAGAUACUAUUUUCUGGAUGUAUUUAUUACAGUCAAUUCACACUGCUUCAUCUUGCCUAAUGAACUACGUACCUGUAGAUACAGGAAAACAAUAUCUGCCUGUAAGAAAGGGGCAGAGCCUAGUAGAGAAAUAAGAGAGCCUGUUAUUAAAACACUGCACCAAUGAGUAUAAAUUGCAAAAAAUCAGACUCAAUUAUACCCCACACUGUGAAUGAAUUGAUACAGUAAUGGUCACUUACAGGAGACUGCCUGAUGGGAAGGGGGGUGAUCUAUUUAUACCAGUUUCAGAGUUCUAUUUCCUGUCCUUUCUGCUGUGAGGGAUGAGCUAACCCAUGAGUAAAUGCUGCCAUGUAUAAUGAUCACGAAAUUCCUUUACUUAACUGAGAAUCAUGAGAGUUAAAGUUCUCAGCACCUAAGUCCCAUUUAACCCCUAAAUCUCUAAUUCAUAAUCCUAAAUCCCCUUAAACCUAAAUCACCUAAUAUUACUCCCCUAAUGCUAAAUAUUGCACUUACCUUAAAAGCCUAGUGCAACACUGACUUUGGGUCAAAGUGUUCGGUUGUGUAUGUUUCAGUGGUAAGUUUUUUUGUUAUUUUGACAAUCUUUAUUUUUAUUUUUCAGAUAGCACGGAGCAGUUAAAGUUAUGCAUACACAUGCAGUUGAGAAAGUUACAAGUGACAUCUAUUUAUACAAAGAUUGGUGUUUGGGCAUGCAUCUCGAUAGUAAUGUUCCUGAACGGAAGUACCGUGGAAAGCACAGUAAUAUAUAAUAUAAUCGGAAGGUGUCCAUGAUAUCAACCAAUUAUCCAACCCGUCGCCCAUUUAAGCCAUCUGGCGUUCCAGAAGGAUGUAAGAUCCUCUGUCCUCAACUAGCGAGGUACCACAGAGGCGGAGGAAAAAAAUAAAUAAAAAAACAGACAAUGAUAUUUACAAUAAAAACAGUUCUUGUGUUUCUAUGUGAAGUGUAACCUAGAGCCCACUCCUACUUCUCCUAACAGCCAUUAUUUUCCCAGCACUAUGCACUAUGAGCCUUGUAGACUCCCGUCACAGAUCGGAUCGCUGUCCUGUUAUAUAUUCCCAGUUAUCCAGAUUUUAUCAUAUUCAAGUGUCUAAUGAAAAUUCGAAAAUAAAAUGCAUCAAACUCUACAAAUAUCUGUUAAGGUACUGAUUAUAUUGUCCCUGUUAUUAGUAAUUUGCCACAUACUACCACAACAGAUGUGUUUGAUUUAAUGAAUGAGUGAAUAUUGAAAUAUCGGGUCAUUAGGCUUAGAGAUGGACAUUGAAGAAAGAUAGGGCACCGGUGGAAUUUAAGGAAUUCUUCAUUACUCAUUGAUAAAAAGACAAGCAAGUAUUUGAUGGGAUUAUGUAGUAUUAUAUCUCUUUGGAGAUGCAAAUCUAGAUCUUAAGAACUCUCUCCAUUACACUGACCAUACCUUCACAUCCUGACAUCCUUCUGGCUAGGCAGGAUAAUUAAUUAAAAUAAUUAUAUAUCUCUUUCAAAAAAUAUGGCCACAACAUGCUUGGAUAGAUCAAUAUAUAGAUGGGCGGACAGACAGAUAGAUGGAUAGGUCAGACAGACAGAUAGGGCAUAUAUCGGACAGACUGAUGUAGAGCAGCUGAAUCUGAACUGAUAUUGUAUUAGAAACCAGUAUAGUUGACUAUAAUAUAAUAUGUCACCUGUGCAAUCAGGUGAAUGCAAUUAACUAAAACCAAGCAGGUUAGGAUCAAACCAGAGAUUACUUCUCUCCCUGCAGCUGCCCUUACACAAACAUUUUGCUUGGGACCAAUGGCGGAAAUAAAAAAAAUAUAUGGUUACCAACUGCAAAUCGUUUCAUGUUUCUGAUAUCCUGUCAUGGGCUUUAGGUUUCAGUGACUGCAAAACGAACGAUAUUUCUUAGGGAAAGACAUAUUUUACUGUAAGUUAUAAGCUGAGCUAACAUUGGUCCCAAGCCAUGAUAAACGCAGCUGCACCGAGUGGUUUAAAUGUAAGGUAGAAAUAUUAAAAAGUAACAUUCAAUGACGGAUGAGAAUACUUUACCUACAUUGUAAAUCUAAGCCAUGAAUAUUCGGGUUUUUGGAUUUAGUGUAAACCACAAUCCUACAUACUGUGGCUGUUUUUGUCUCAAUUUUGUUAUUUGGAUUUUAAUUCACAAUUUCGGCAUUUGGUAAAUAAACGCGAUAGGUCAGUGUGCGGGGAGAAAUACAGUAAAUCGGCAAUUGUUUGUUCGUCAAUAAAAAUCAUAUGACCAUAACUUUACAUGGCAAUUGCAUUUCCAAGAAUCAUUAUUAUUCUGUUUACUUAACCCCUAUAUUUAAGAAAUAUAUUUUUUAUUAAGUGUUAAAAAUAAAAUUAAAUGUAGAAAUUCAACCUUGCAACUGGGCGCCUCCAUCUUAACUCCAUGUCAGAAAUUGAUCUCCGAAAAAAAGGCAAUUUCUUAGCUUAUUAAUUAAUCAGAAAUUUAAAGAGUGUUAAUUGCAGACUUGUAAAAUUUAGGUUUUGGAACACUGAAUACACCACAUAUGGGAGGCGGAGUCUAGUGACUGAAGUUGACAGACGCACUGUCUAUGAGCUACGAGGUAAUUUGCUAUUGUACACAAUUAAACAGUAUUUUACAGCCCCGAUUUGGCUAUUGCAGAAGUAUUAGACAAAACGAGUUGGAAGACUAAGAAGCAGAAAUCUGACAAACCCAGGCCAGGAAUGAACAUUGGUGAUCUUCUCAGGCAGGGACAUGGCACGUCUGGGCCCAAGAUGGACGCCUAUCUCGAUGACUACUCCAUCUCCUCAGAGGAGUUGUCCCUUGGCACAGAGAACAUGGACCUACCUAUGACACACAUACAGAUACAUAGCUGUACACAUUGACAUACAGAAACACAUACAGACACACAUACACAUAUAGACACACAUACAUACAUACACACAUACAUACAUACAGACAGACACAGAUACAAAAGCAGACACACAUACAGACACAGAUACUGACUCCCUCCUCUCCUUCCCCUCCCUUGCAGCGUUCUAUAUUAGCUGUCACUUAUUCCCAUGCUGAUCUCAUCACAGGCGACCCGGUCAUGCUGUUAAAGCACCAUAGCGCUGACCGGGCCCCUGCAUGCUCGUGCCUGGUGGUUGUACCACUUGGGCCAGAGUGCACCACAUGGCCAAUGGGCAACCCGUUUGCAGGGGUCCACAGGGCGGCUAAGCCCCCUGGAAUGACGGGCCUUGUCAUAGCUGCUACCCCUGUGACCAUGGUAGGUCCACCACUGCCUCCUCCCCAGUUAAAGAUUUGGAAGGACCGGUGGCUCUCCUGGAGACCCUUGGCCUCUGCAGCAGAUAAGAUCCAGUGAAUAUUAGCCAUUUACUCUUCAACGGGCCUCCUUGGACACUUAUGCUGCAGCAACUAACUGGGGCUUCAUAAAGCCUAAUUGACCAAGAAUACAUACUAUGUUCGAACUGUAGAUCAUUGAUAGUUUGCUUUAUUUUCAUAUACUUGAUAUUUUUGUUGUAAUUAACAAUCCUACAAUGAGGAUAAAAGCAGCAUAUAACCCUCCCCUCUGAGUCUUUCUUUAUAUAUGGUCAUCCCCUUGGUUUAUUGGUGGUUCCGUGGGUGUUUCCAGCAAUGUCCAGCUGUCUUGAGAAGUCUGAAAUUAGAUUUCCCGGGUUCGCAGUGAUCGCGUGACGUCACUUCUGGUGCACCACUUCCACAAGUUGCGAUCAGAUGACAUAUGCAUUCCAUUAUGCAUUCCACGUGCAAUAGCAAAUAAUAAUUGGAUAUUUGGAAAAUACAAGAGUCCUGUCUUGGAACAAAGUGAUAUGGGAGCCUACAAGGCUCAAGAAAAACAAUGUCAAAAACAUAGCCACAUAUGACACACAGUUACCUGUUUAAAUAUACAUAGGGAUUUGGAAAAGAGCGCAGGUAACUUUUUUUCUUUGCUUUUUACUGUAUGUAUUGGGGCUGUCGCGAGUUUGAGUGCAGGACUUGAUUUUUUGUUUUUUUGAAUACAAAGAUGUAUUCCUAACACUAGACCGUCCCUCUGCUACCACACCUCUUCCUCCCUCCAUGAAAGGGUUAAAAAAAUUAAAAAAUUUCAAUCACCUGAUUCCGGCUCCUCUGGGAAUAUCAGCUGAUGGGGGGAACCUAAUGUGUGUACAUGGUGAGCGCCACAUGCGCAUUAGACCUUCCCCAAACGAAAGCAUUAACUCUGGGGAUUUUAAAAGUGAGGUUGUCCAGCGACAUUUCCCAGAGUCAAACUGUCUUCCAGCCAGUCUCUAGAAGCAUUCCUAACCUUGAAAUGUUUUACAUUGCAUACCGGGUUUCAAAGAGUAUCCCAGCAGUCUGUCAGCAGUGGUGGUUCUUUGGAGGUGGUAUGCCCCAUCGAUUACUUAUAUAACAACCUUAUUUGUUGUAAUGUAUGGACACCCAUCACAUUGGAGUGAUAAUUGUUAUGUGGUCCAGCUAGGGAAAUAUCUCAACUCAAUGUACUGCAUUGAAGAGCUUCAGUAAGCUGUAAAAAUUAAUCAGCUUCCUUUACACACGUGGAAGCCUGGGAGGAAGUGAUAAUUUGUCACUUCCUGCUGGAAACUCUAAGGAUGCUGCAGGAGAGCGGUAAGUACUCAAGUCAGGGAAGCCAGCCUACUGCAGCCAAAAGGUAGACAAACAGGAUACAAAAAUCAAAAUGUAUAUAUUUUACAGUAUAAGAGGUAUUAGUGUGUUUCCAUGUCUGUGUGUGUAUGUUUGUGCCUAGCAAUGUAUGUCUGUGAAUUUGUGUGUGUGCAUUUGGGAGUAUGUAUUUGUGAGUGUCUGACAAAAUUUAUUUGUGACCUUUUGCUACAAUCCAUCUACUUACAGCGUUUGGUGGAUUGGCUGUCCCGGAAGUAAGGGCCUGUUACAAAGUUAACAUUAUGUUGUAAUUACUCAGUGCCUAUUCUGCUCUGGUGCCACCACUGUGGCCCCUCCUUGAGGACUCUCUCAUGAAACCUUACACCAGUCACCAAUUAUUAUGGUUUCUACCACAUUUGCAUCCCCCACCCCCACUAUUGCACUACAGCAAAUGUCUAGAUAGGCAUUCAGCGUAAGGUUAUGGGUUCACUUAUUGCUCCUCUGGAAAGUGACCCGAAUAAAGUACAUGGAGUUCACAUGGGACACGUCAUUCAAGUAUAAACCUAGCUCAGUGAUCAAUAUUUCAAUUGUAAAAAAACAUGGCACAUUAAAGUGCGUAAAUCCCCUGCAUUAGACUCUUGUCUGAGUCAAGGGGGCCUUCAAUACACUGGGAGGAAGUGCUGCUACUAUAAGCAAUUUAAUGUGUGUGGCUGUUCUGGGCUUGAUGAAUAUGGCAACACUUGUUCCAAACAUUGAAAUACUACUAAAAUAUCAAGGGAACCCAAUGUAUUGUGUCCAACCAUGGGUUUAGAACCAUAGUGCAAAGGUAUAAACUAUAUUUCUUAAUAAAGACAGACCUUUCAAGCAUAUCUAAAGAACAACACGUUACGGCAGAUGGGUGAAAACACGAAUGACUGGGAGUAGAAAAUUUCCAUUAGGUACUUCAUUACUCUUCAAAGUCCCUACACCAGCAUUAAAAUAACAUCCAUGGAAAAACAAAAUGUGUGUUUUCCUUAAGCUUAAAGGGUAACAAUAACUUUUGUAGAAAUGUCUCUCUUAAAUAAAGCAUUGAAAAAUCACUUAAUCGCAUAACUUGUGUUUAACAUUUUUCCAUGUGAUUUUCCAGUUUCUUUUAAUUGUAUGUUAAAGAUUUAGAAACUGACAUCAGAAUCUAGUUUAGGCAUAGCCUACGCAUGCAUUGGAGGAAGAGAAAUAGAAUCAUGGUUUCUUCUCAUUCAUAUACUAUGCUUAAAGGACCACUCUAGGCACCCAGACCACUUCAGCUUAAUGAAGUGGUCUGGGUGCCAGGUCCAGCUAGGGUUAACCCAUUUUUUUUAUAAACAUAGCAGUUUCAGAGAAACUGCUAUGUUUAUGAAUGGGUUAAGCCUUCCCCCAAAUCCUCUAGUGGCUGUCUCAUUGAAAAUCACAGUGAGAGCACGCAAGCGUCCAUAGGAAAGCAUUGAUAAUGCUUUCCUAUGCGACCGGCUGAAUGCGCGCGCAGCUCUUGCCGCGCGUGCGCAUUCAGCCGACGGGGAAGAACGGAGGAGGAUCAGAGGCAGACAGCUCCCCAACCAGCGCUGGAAAAAGGUAAGUUUUACCCCUUUUCCCCUUUACAGAGCCCGGCGGGAGGGGGACCCUGAGGGUGGGGGUCACCCUCAGGGCACUAUAGUGCCAGGAAAAUGAGUAUGUUUCCUUGCACUAUAGUGGUCCUUUAAUGUGAGAAAAAGGGUAAACUCAUUACAAUUAUUAACAAGAAAACAAUAUGGAGGCACUCAGUUCAAGGACAGAGUUAAAUACAGUUGUGUGGAUUUCUGCAUUCAGUAUAUUUUUUCAUAACCCACAAACACAUAUUUGUUAAAAAUAGAGGACACACAUACAUAGUAUUAAAAAAUAUGGGAAAUGACUUGUCCCUUAAAAUUUCUCCAAUUUUUUUACUUUUUCACUGGAAUCUCAUAAUAAAAGCUAAAAAAAAAAAAAAAACUCAACUAGCUUUUUUUUAAUGUAUAGUUUUAUUUGAACCAUGACCAUACAAACACAUGGACUAUGAAGGCAAGUAGCCAACAUAACUACACACCACUCAGAUUGUGGGAAAUAGACACAGAAACUCACUUCCACUUUUAGUAUUUUUCGCAUUGACACAACCUAGAUUCUUUGAUUUAAUUUAAAAUAUAUAUAUUUAAAAAAAAAUUGAAGAAAAAAAACAUUUGGUUCUGAGAGGUAGAUGAUCUUAACUUUUUUUUUUUUUUCAUUUUUGGCAGGUGGGAUGAUGAAAGCCACAUGUCACUGUUGCCCAAAGUGGUUAACAUAUAAUAUAUUUUAAAAGGGGAGGAGGUUGUAGGCAAUGUGAGCAUGCAGAGAUCUACUGCAUGCAACAAAAUUACAUCCUAAAACCUCACACAAAAGCUUGGAGCAUUCAGCCCCUCUCCAGUCAGUCAGGCUAAGAGGACACAGGCUGGGAGCCUCCUCCGUAAACAGGAGGACUGGAAAGUGAAAAAAUAAGGAAAAAAACAAAUUAAGGAGACAAAAAAAGCCAGCAGUUCUGUGCAAAGGACAGUCAUUUUGGAAACGUAAAAAGAGGUAUUCGGCUGGGACGAAAAUCUUUUAUCUUCAACACUCAUUAAAACAAAAUAGAGGUAAUGUACUAUAGAGUUUAAUUAUCUUUCUGUGUAGCUUUAAUCUUGUGUUUCAUUUAAAGUGAAAUCACACAGUAGUGUUGAGACGACCUGGCAUUACACAUUACAAUUGAUGAAUUUGGUCUGUUUGAACAAAGAAUAAAAAGAAUGGUUUUAGAAGUUAAGAUUUAUUUUAUUUUUUUUCAUAUUGUCUGAUGUUAGGAAUUAAAGUGGAUUCGCUCUUAUGUACUAAGAAUAUAGAUUUCAAAAAAGCAAAAAAAAUAAAAAAUUACUCAUUAAAAUCCUUAGCCUUUUGGCAUUGCAGAAUUCUCCAAAGUAGAAAGUCUUUUUUUUGGAUUUAACUCAAUUUUUUUUUUUUUUACAGUUGAUGGGGGGCAGUGGAACUUAGGGUAUUUGUUCAUGACGGAGUGACUUGUGAUGAUGUUAGAAUGUAUGUGAAUGAAAUUAAAGGCAACAUAAAUGAAUAUGAGAUUUUAUUCACUAGUUUAUCUUAAAUGUUGUAAGAUUCCAAUUCUCGGUUCUCCAGAACUGGCUUUUUUUGUACGCAAUCCUGACAUUUUAUAGCAGGGAUAGGCAACCUUCGGCACCCCAGAUGUUGUGGACUACAUCCCCCAUAAUGCUCUUACACCCAUAAUGCUGACAAAGCAUCAUGGGAGGCGUAGUCCAAAACAUCUAGAGUGCCGAAGGUUGCCUAUGCCUGUUUUAUAGGGUGGCAGAAGGAAGGUUUUCAUUUUUGAGUUUUUAAUUUUAUGAAACAAGGAUGAACUAUGUGGAUGUACCAUCAGUGACAGUUUCGGUAAAGAGACUCAUAGAUGUAGUUAGCAUUAGCAGCCUGUGGUUAAUCCGGAUUCCUGCUACCACCAACUGAGAAGCCACAAGUGUUCGAAAAGGCUGACUGCUUGCCCAAAUAGCUCCUGGAGUAUCAGAGGCAGAAACAAAUACACACUGAGUUCUAAGUCUAUUGGAUGUUUAUUGAUUAUUUAUAUUAGAUGCCUAAGCUUCACAGAGGAUUCUGUCACCUACACAAUGUCUACAGCACACAGAGAGACCAUUAGAUUUGCUUCUCGUUGUUUGAAAUUUGAUCAGCAACAAGGGUGGUCUGACAAACUCUGCUUUGUAAAGGCUAAUGUGUUUACACAGAUCUCUAAAUGUGUAUUCUUUAACUUUGGAUAUGUUACAGCUAACAGGACUGUCUUUACCAAGACAAUAAAUGCAUUCUUUCUGUAUACAAUUUUUAGAAAAUGUAACUUUUUUAAAAUUGUAUUUAAAAAAAAAAAAAAGUCAAUAUUUUACAUGCAUGUUUUUUUUUUGUACUGAUUCAUUACAGACAUUUUUUCAACCUAUAUAGCUAUGUAACGCUAUUGACACCAUUAGCACUUAGUUAUAAGGCACCAGCAUCGUUAGAUUGAUAGAGUUAAUCCAAAGUACAAAAUGAUCAUACACAGGAUAGGGGAGCUUAAGUGCCAUUUCUCCCAGUGACGCAGAGUGCCAAAUGGAAUACUAUUAGCUAUAGAUGGGAUGGAAAUUCUUUUUUAGAUCUCAUAGUGCUUAUUUGAUUUCUGCCACAGAGAAAGUAUUUCUUAACCCUUUGAUGACCACUGACAUAUAUAUGGCAUGGUAUAAUGGGGUUAUGGACAAAUACCAUCAUGGUCAAAAUGUUGUCAUGAAUAAUGGUAUUAUUAUUUUUUUUUAUUAUUAUUUAUAUAGUAAGGAAGUCACUUAAGAUAUGGGUUUUGUGUAGUUAUUCUAUAUAGUUACUGAAUUGUUUGUGGUUUGAACAAAACCUGAUUACUUUGUAACAUCUACAGUGGGGGACUGAUUGACACCAUUUUAAUCUCACACCAAUUUGUGAAUGUGACACCUUCAGGGUAACUAAUUAAAAUGAGAAUUUAAAGUGAAUUCAAAGUUAAUUUCACAUUUAAGGUGAAAUAGCCAAACUGGAAAAAUGAUCUGUCAGCUAUACUUUAAGUUCGGCUACUCUGGCCUUGAAUUUGAAAUUAACUUUGAAUUCUCAUUUUAGUUAAUAGCCCUGCAUGUAAGUCUUUUACAUACGUUACACAAAUGGUAGGUGGUAUAUUUAUUUCAAAUAAGAAUAGUACAUCAUUUACUCAUAUACACACUGUAUACUGUACGUGAUGCACAGAGGACUAGCGAAAUAUAUGACGGAACGCUCAGAGAUUAACUAUUACUCUGCCAUAGGACAAGGAACAAAAAAGAUUCUGAGUGUACACUGAGACAUUAGGAUUUAUUAUAAAUGUCUCAGAUACAGCAAAUGUCGCUUUUUUUAAUGUCGUUAUUUUACAGAUACAUUGUUUGUUUAAGAACACAAUGGGAAGUUAGGAUUCGAUGGAAUCGAUCAUGAUAAAAAUGACAAUGUUAAAUGCUUACUAUAUUAUUAUUAUUAUUUUAUUACUUAUGUAGCGCCAUCAGAUUCCGUAGCGCUGUACAAUCUUCCCAUUUACAUGCUGUGCUAAGAAAUGCAUAUACAUCUCGUGUUAUGUUUGUGAAAAUAAGCGUUUGCUGACCUCUGCGUUUAGCACACUUAUGCAUGCUGCCUCAAUCGUUAGGAUCCCAAAUAUUUUAUAAGUGAAACCCUUGAUAUGUUGAGUCCAUUUAACCCUUUGUGUACCAGGUUGGUGAAUGGUCUUCUUUGGUCUUUCUUUAAUAUAGGGCAUAAGUAAAUUAUUCUACUGUUGUGAUUAUCCAAGGAAUUGCAAUUGCUUAUCAAUCACCAGUCUUUCACUCCGGCUCCACUUUGCCCUGUGUUGCAGAAAACAUAUAGCGGAGGUGGAGGAAAUUAAGAUGGAAGUGUUAGGGGUUUCUAUGGCUGAAUAUGAUGUCAAUGCUCAGGCUGAGACCUAGGACUGCCAACAAACAGACACUAAGUGGACGUUUAGUGAAUGGAACUCUAUGUGCAAACUGUAGAGCAGGCAUAGGCAACCUUCGGCAUUCCAGAUGUUUUGGACUACAACUCCCAUGAUGCUUUGCCAGUAGUUCUCAACAUCUGGAGUGCCGAAGGUUUCUUACCCCUGCUAUAGAGCAAUCACCAAAAUAUAUUGCACAUAUUAUCAUUGACUGUUUCAUUUUUUUUACAUUUUGAUAAAUAUGAAGCAGCUCUUCUAAUUUUUAGCCUUGGCGUAACACUUUGAAGUAGCAUAAUAACUGACUGUCAAUCACCUUCUCGAAGUGAAGCUUUUUAUACAUAUUGGAAAUGUUGGUAAUUUUAUCUUCAGUGUUUUAUGUAAUUUAUAUGUCUGUUUUAUCCUCUGAGAAAGAGGCUUUGAAAUGUCAGCAGUUGCUUAAGCUAGAGCCUUGGUGAACUACGAUUGGUGGAGAACAAGAGCUCGCAAGCUACUUCUUUGUAGGUGGUAUCCUCAGAUGGACCAUAUGACCAGCUUAGACCAAGAGUCUGUCUUUAAGUAUCUAGUACUAGAAGGGGUAAAAGGAUGUGACGGAGAUAGUCAAUCUGUUAUAGUAACACUGACAGAUGUAUGGAACAUCCAGGGAACAGACUACUACAUCACGUGUUGAGGUUAUUUCUGGGGCAUCCACCAAACUAAGUAUCUUAUUCUACUAGAAGAUACUCAGGAUUCUUUUUCUUUUGAUUUAUAUUCUAAAAAAACUGUUGUGCAUGAGGCUAAGCACACUUUACAUGAUUCACAUUUUGAAGGAGGUCCCUCGUGGGUUUCAUAAAUUCUGUAUUCCUCUAUACUAUUACUGUGAAGAACGCAUAGAUUUCAGGGAUUUCCUGAUGUACAUAAACUCAACCAGGUCUACUUGCAGCUAAAUCUUAAUAAUGAGCUAGGACAGGGCUUGACAAAUCCCAGGAGGUAGUGAGUCACAGCUAAUAAUCAUUCAGUCUAGGUUUUCUUAGAAUUUUAUAGUGAAUAGAUGAAUGUUUCGCACGGCUGCUAAUAUAAAUACAUUUGGCAAAUAAAUGUGCCUGUCUGGCUCAAAUGCAAACAUUAGUCAACCACUGAGAUCAUUAUAUUAACAGGAACAUGCAUAUAUCCAAUGGUAAAGGUUUUCCAUGUGUUUAUUGUGAAUGUAAAUAGCUCAGUUGUUAACAUAGUGUAAUAGCAUUACCUGCCUGGCUUGAGUAUUGGGACCUUAGGAUUCCAAGCCUUAUAACAAAAAAGUUAUGAGGUUUAUUUACUAAAUGGUGUAUUGCUGGAUAUUGAUGAGUGGAAGAGAAAGUUUGGUCCUAAUCAGUACCUGGGAGUUUAGUUUCCCCAAGAAACGGGGCAACUCUUAAAUGAAGCUUUAUAUCACUGGCAAACUAUUUGAUGGUGGAUCAUAGGUGAUGGGACCUGCAGAUUCUAUCCUGGAUGUGUUGGGCUAAUAAAGCAAUCAAGUUGGAAUGGUUGUCAUGUCUGCUCUACACACAACCACUUACUUUAACUCGAGGUGGUCAUACACAGGCUUGGGUGGUAUAGCCCCCCCGCUUAGCCAGGCUUACAACCAGCUUAUUUCACCAAAACAUGGAGGCUUGGCCCACCAAGGCAUGGAUAAAUAUUAUGUAGAAUAUCACUUAUCAAGGCUUGGGGUAUUGAGUAUGGAAUAUAUUGAAACACUGUGGUCCAAGAAGUAGAGCCACUUCAGAUAGGCAUUGCAGCAAUGCCGUAUUUGAGGUCUGUCUUUGGGAAAGGACUGGUGAAUCCUAACCCUUUUAUCCAGAAUACAUUAUGAAUUUGUUACCCAAAUACUUCCUUAUCACCAAACCAAGCCAACUUCUCCCUCUUUGGAACAAUGUUGAUCUCCCACUAGCUUCUCUGGGACAUUUGAAGCAGAUACUCCAAGAUGUUCUCUGUUUUAGAGAAAAACACAUUUUUACUGCUCCAAGAACAAUGACUUCUUUGACUAUACCACUCUCUGGGAGGGAUUCAUCUCUCCUACAUAAAUUGACUCACCUCCAAGUUUUUAAUAUUUUCUUUUUUUACACAGAUCAUAUUGCUUAUUAACACCAUUUGAAUAACUGUGUGAGGCCAUGAUGCCACUAUAGUGAAGCAUCUCUUGAAUACAUAACAUUUUGAUCAAAACCAGAUAUUUCUUUCUCAGUUAGAAAAAUGGGUAAUUGAGCAAGGUAAGACUAUCCAUCUUCCAUCCAAAAUAUAUUUUAGAAAUUACUAACGUGCUGUUAUCAAACACUCCAAGUUCUGUACUCUAGAAUACCAACAAUGUGCUGGAGGGGUGAGGAAGGGAUGGGUAGUCUGCUCCUUAUUUGGAGGGGAUACUCUAAAAUGUUUGUCUUCUGAAAGAUGGUUCAUAAAGUGCUUCAAAAACAUAUAGACAACAUCCUCCGUUUGACUAGGUAGCUAUGUUUUUAGAACUCGAUAAUACUAAGAAUUACAUAUACUGUGAAAUCAGUUAAACCAGGCCUGUCCAACCUGCGGCCCCCCGGAUGUUGCUGAACUACAACUCCCAUGAUUCUUUCAAUGAAACAGAUAGCAAUGGAAUCAUGGGAGUUGUAGUUCAGCAACAUCUGGGGGACCACAGGUUGGACAGCCCUGAGUUAAACCAAUAACCCAAAGAAGAGAAAAGGAUGGUCUCUUCAUUUAAAGCAUGAGUGCUGACAGCUGUGGAUACAAGAAAAAUCUGGGGUCGGAUUUCAGAAUCCCAAGUGGCAAAUAAGACGUAUAUAUGACUCAUUGAUUCUACUGGCUUUACUUCCUCCACUCCCCUGAAUGCUGGAAUUAUGCCACACUAGAUAUCACCUAUGCGGUAAUAUUCAACAGACUCCCUGUUACCGUCUAUAGUAUGGAAAGGACAUGCCUUGGGAUGGAUUUAUUGUGGCGAAGAAGAAAUAAUUGCUGCCUUAACAUUCUAUAUCUAUGGCACUCUUCCAGGGACCACAAUUGCAUUCAAAUAUCCCUUCGAUGUUCAUGAGAUUAUUUAGUGCAACCAUCUUCCUCAGCUAUCUCCAUUCACCCAAACAUUGUAUCUAGCUGGAGCUACAGGUCUUCUCAUCUAGAUGGCAAUGCCCCCUCCCAUCAGUAUAUCAUAAAACCCAGUAGAGAACAAUAAGAUGCAAGUUUGCAAUGGUCACCAAUAACUUGCCACUGGUGUGCCCAAUGGUCUUCAGAGGAACCCAUACCCCAACACUUGCUAUAAACUAGCUUAUUAUUUUUCACAUUUGUGAAAAUUGAAAGCCGAAAAAUGUUCCAUGGGUCUAAAGCAGAGACCAUAUGCACUGAGUUAAUGUAAACUUUAUGUGGAUUGCAAUUUAACUUAAUUACUGUACAUCCAACCUCCGAAUACUAAUAACAGGGAUUUUGCACGAAACCCAACAAUUAUAAAUUCACAUACAAUACCCUACCCAUAAAACAUAUUUUCCUAAUUCUAAUGCUAGAAUUCCACUUUGGAUUGUAAAUACGUGAGAAGAGAUUUCUGAUUACAUAAGACUGGCAAAUAUUAUAGGAUUCAGUAAUAUUCCAGACUAAACAAAGAAGGAUGUGGAACGCAUGCUUCAUUUACAGAGCCAGCAGGUCUGAGUCUCAUCACACAGGGCUGUGUAAUUAAGCAUUGCAUAUGGUACAAGAGCUUUCCUUAUAAAUAGGAUUUACUGCAUCAAGUUUCAUAAAAUCAUGGCUACUGCUGUACUGGAUCAAACUAGAUAGUACUGGUUAGUAAUGGCCAAUUUUGCCACUCUAACACUUAAAUUAUGUUUGUAAUGGUGCUUAAACAGUUAUAUGGCAGAAUGCCAAAACUUAGUCAUCACUAGACUUGCGCGCAAAUUCAUUUCAGCUGAUCAUUAAAUUCCUUUUAAUCUAUGCCUAAAUAAAUCAAUACAUAUGGGAUUACCUGGGAAGUCUAAUAAAACUCCACUGGUUAAUCCCAGAUAGACAGGUUUGUUUGGACGUAGAUUAAAAGUAAACUGAUUUGUUCGCACCAGCUGAAAAGAAUAUGUGCGCAAGUCUAGUCAUUACACUAAUUUUCAAGUAGUGAUUGAUCAAGUACUGAAAAAUGAAAGCUGCUCUGUCAUGUAUUUCAUUUUUAUUUUCUUUCAGUUUCCUUUCCUUUAUUUUUUUGUAAUUUAAAAAAAAAUAUAUUUAUUAUUGUAGUGCUAAGAAUUACAGACACGCUUAUAUCGCCACGACAGUAGAUACAAGCCGAUGGAACAACACAAGAUAAUCAGUAACAAGGCAAGCAUUAACAGCACAAUUUUUAAAGAAAUCAGGCUAGGGAGAAAUGUUUAUAACAUUAGCUUCAACCAGGCUGGUAACUACGAGGAGUAGAAUAGACAAUUUGAAUACGAUCAGGAAAAUAUAAAGAUUAAGCAUAGUUCAAGCCUACGAGAUGAGCGUUGCUUUGAUAUAAAUGCCAUAUGCCCUAUGCUAUGAGUGUAACCUGUGAGAUUAUCAGGAGAGUUAAAUGGCAAUAUAGCAAGAGGCACGGUGUAUGUUAAGUGCUUGACAAAACUGCAUACUCCGCCAUAACAGCGCGUAGGAGCCUUUCAACGGUAGUAAAUUCAUGGCAAGGACUGCACAUUUUUCAUUUUGUUACUCAGGCUUAAUGUGUCAGUGAAUAGAAAUGGCAGUCAUAUCAUUUUACGCAGACUAUAUACACCAAAGGAACCUGCUUAUAUAAGGUAUUGACAUGCUAGCAAUAGUGAGAAAGGGUGAUGGUUUCUUAACUGGGCUAUCCUGUUAUCAGCAGGAGCUGACCUGUGUGAAGCCUAGUGUGUGCUCAUUAGCCAUUACUGCUAAACUACGACAGUAGGUCUGACAUAGCAUUAUAUUGUUAUGGGCAUAAAAUCAGGGUAUAUAUAGGUAGACCUGAGCAAGAUGUGUUAAUAUCACUGAUGGAACUAGGCAUCCUAUUGCUAUUAUAAUGAAUGUAGGUGAGUAUUGCAAAAAACAUAGUAUAACUAGCUGUAGGCAAGAUGAGCGUGAAGCAAAUGUUUUACAUAGCCUUGUGCGAAGCGUCUAUGGCAGGUAGCAUGGAGCACCGGCUUAGUGUCCUGCAUCCGGAUCAGCCAAUCCCCAUCAGCGGCAGUGUUUGCACUUGUUUAGGUAAGUCCAAGCUGCUUUGCACCCUGACACCCCGAUUAAGAUGAGGAUGUAGCUUAGUUGUAUGCUGGAGUACAGAGUCCGUUCCACAGUGCCACAACCUAACCCCUCGGGUCUUACUGAGCUUGGUUGCCCCAUGUCCUGGGAUUUCACCAUUCCAGGUGGGUAGGCAAGAGACCUGCAGGGAUUCCAGAGCGCGGGAAGCCAUGUGUGUAGGUGGUCGGUGAGGUGGGCGCAGAUCCACAUUGACCCUCCGUCCAUAUGUAGGCUUGUAUGCUGCAGUGCUUUGCAGGGUCGGUGGUGUGGAGCCUGCGGCGUGGGCGGGUUGUCUGUUGUCGAUCCUCUGCCAGAAUGCUUGGCAGAUCGCGUCGAAUUUCGCUUUGAAGGUUUCCCUCAAUGAUUGGCCUGCCGGGCUUUUUUGGUCGUGCUGUGCAGUGGCCAUUUUAGUCACACCACGCGGCCCUGUAUUCAUCAAGAAGUGGUUCCCUGUGGGGGCUGGGAUGACCCCCACCAGUCCAGGGGGGGGUAGCGGGGCUUCAGAGCCCUGGGGCUGCAGUGAGGUGCGCUGUUCAAGGUGGGAGAUCGGCCGCCUCUCUCCACCUUCAGGCUGCUAGUCACAGUUAGGCAGCAGUGCCGGCCGAGGUCUCCUUCAGACAGUUCGGUUUUGUUCAGGCUGGAACUGAUCCACCAGCUGUGGUAUCAGUUUGCUGUGAGUGUCUGACUUCGUUUGUCCAGGAUGAAAGCCUCAUGUUCUGUAGAUUUGCCCUAUAUUUGCAGGAGCUAGUUGAAGACACGUCCGGCCAUCUUGGAUGUCAGGUCCAACCCCCUCCUUUCCUUUAUUUUAAAGCAACAUUGUCACCGUCUGGGGGCUUUGUCAUAUUUGCAAAGACCCCCGAUGGUGACAUCGCUGCUGGGGGACCGUUGGCCAGGGGGUAGGUAAAGGUAAGAUUUGCUUACCUGAACCUGUGCCUCGCUGUUGCUGCCAUCUUCUUCAGCCUCUUCGAUGUCACUGCUGUACUCUUGCGCAUGUGCAAGAGUACAGAAUUGAGGUCUAUGGAGGAUCCCAUGAGACUGUGGGAUCCUCUAUAGGCACAGCCUAUUCCCUGCAGCUGUCACUGGUGGCGGCUGUCAAGGUGGACACUUAGACUCUGCCUUGAGUCAUAAAGUGCACAGUUUGCCUUUCUGUGGGAUUUUUUUUUCACUGGAGUGCAGAUAAAUUAGCUUAGCAGCUGAAAUGGAGCUUUGCUUAAGCUGAGAUGAUCAAACUUGAUGAUCUCAGCCAAUGCAAUGCUUUCUCUCCAAUGUUAAACUCAAAACGCAGAGCUGUGCCAAUCAGCAUUUCCUCAUUGAAUCAAUGCAUCUCUAUGAGGAAUGUUUAGCACAUCCACGCAGAGCGUAGAGACGCUGAACGCCAUUGUUUCAUUUCACAUCUUUUAUGUGUACUCUCUGCCAGGUAUAAAGGAUACAGCUUUUAACAAUGACAGACAGGGAGCUAAGAUGGAGGCACCCAAAAAAGUGCAGUAUGUUAUGUAUAAUUUUUUUCCUCACACUACGUAAAUGAAUAUUUUGUUAAAUAUAGGGCUAUAAAAAACAUAGUAUUAGAAAGUUGCCAUUUCCCUUUAAAAUGUGAUAGUUAUAGCAAAGCACCCUGGAAUUAGUUCUGUGUACAUUUUAUAACUAUGUAACCUGCACACUUGACAUAAAUGAAAUACAUUUCAAUUUUGAAUUAUAAAAUCAUUAUAAUAACAACGCAUAAUGCAAUGGCAUUUAGUGUACAGCAGAAUUAGUAUGGGCUUAAUCCUACAUCACCUAACCCCAGUGGUGACAUUUUAAAUGCCAACACUGCUAUGAUAACACUAUUCUAUUAUGAAUGUAAUCACAUUUCUGUGUCCCUCAAAUGCAGUAUUUUCAGUACAUUGCCUGACACAUCAGGAUGGAAUAUACUUACUCUUUUUCUAAUACUUGGUAGAGAUAAUGCAUUGAAAAUGAUCUCUUGCUUGGUUCAAAUGUGCAGCAUCUUCAGGGACCAAGGAAUGGUUGAAAUGUAUCAGUCAAUCCGUGGCUUCUAACUGUUUUCACUGAGAUCAUUAUCCUUAUUAAAUAUAUCCCUGCAUUGACAUAUGGAACGUAAGCCGUAAGUAGUUUCAUUCAUUAAAAAACAUAGAAACGAAUCUGUAAACUAAAAAAAAGCCAUCAAAUAGCUACCAACAGCUACAUACAUGUUACUUGUGCCGAAUGUAAUUAAUAGACUGUAAUGUAACUUAUAGGGCCAGAAAUAUUUUAUUUUUAGGGCAAAAAAACAAAACUUGGUGCCAGCUUUGUAGGACUGGUUGAAUCAUAUCAAUAAGGAGCCAAGUUUAUCUGCAAAGAUUUAAAGAACAAAAAACGAUUGUACGUUUAUUUGGCUAUUAAUUACAUUCGGCACAAGUAACAUGUAUGUAGCUGUUGGUAGCUAUUUGAUGGCUUUUUUUUUAGUUUACAGAUUCGUUUCUAUGUUUUUUAAUGAAUGAAACUACUUACGGCUUACGUUCCAUAUGUCAAUGCAGGGAUAUAUUUAAUAAGGAUAAUGAUCUCAGUGAAAACAGUUAGAAGCCACGGAUUGACUGAUACAUUUCAACCAUUCCUUGGUCCCUGAAGAUGCUGCACAUUUGAACCAAGCAAGAGAUCAUUUUCAAUGCAUUAUCUCUACCAAGUAUUAGAAAAAGAGUAAGUAUAUUCCAUCCUGAUGUGUCAGGCAAUGUACUGAAAAUACUGCAUUUGAGGGACACAGAAAUGUGAUUACAUUCAUAAUAGAAUAGUGUUAUCAUAGCAGUGUUGGCAUUUAAAAUGUCACCACUGGGGUUAGGUGAUGUAGGAUUAAGCCCAUACUAAUUCUGCUGUACACUAAAUGCCAUUGCAUUAUGCGUUGUUAUUAUAAUGAUUUUAUAAUUCAAAAUUGAAAUGUAUUUCAUUUAUGUCAAGUGUGCAGGUUACAUAGUUAUAAAAUGUACACAGAACUAAUUCCAGGGUGCUUUGCUAUAACUAUCACAUUUUAAAGGGAAAUGGCAACUUUUUAAUACUAUGUUUUUUAUAGCCCUAUAUUUAACAAAAUAUUCAUUUACGUAGUGUGAGGAAAAAAAUUAUACAUAACAUACUGCACUUUUUUGGGUGCCUCCAUCUUAGCUCCCUGUCUGUCAUUGUUAAAAGCUGUAUCCUUUAUACCUGGCAGUAAGCUGUAUCCUUUAUACCUGGCCUUGUUACUGAUUAUCUUGUGUUGUUCCAUCGGCUUGUAUCUACUGUCGUGGCGAUAUAAGCGUGUCUGUAAUUCUUAGCACUACAAAAAUAAAGAAUUUUAAAAAAAAUUUAAAAUAUUUCUGGCCCUAUAAGUUACAUUACAGUCUAUCAGGAAGAAGUAAUUUCUGGACAUGUUUCAAGAACUAAAACACGCUUCCUGUUCUUUAGGUAAAUCUACAGGACCUCCGAUAGAUGUCAAGCUGUUGAUAAAAAUGAUUCAAGAACCCACUUUAAUAAUUUGGUUUCACUGAGCAAACUUAACAGGAUAUAAUAGGUUUAAGCCUAUAGAAGAGCUUACAAUUAUAUCACAUUUUUUUAUUCCACAUUAGUGAUGUCCCGAACUGUUCGCCGAACGGUUUGCCACGAACGGUUCGCCACUGACUCAUCAUUGAGUAAACUUUGACCCUGUACCUCACAGUCAGCAGACACAUUCCAGCCAAUCAGCAGCAGACCCUCCCUCCCAGACCCUCCCACCUCCUGGACAGCAUCCAUUGUGAAGCUGCGUUCUUAGUGAGCUGUCCAGGAGGUGGGAGGGUCUGGGAGGGAGGGUCUGCUGCUGAUUGGCUGGAAUGUCCGUGGCGAACCGUCCGUGGCGAACCGUUCCCGAACCGUUCGGCGAACAGUUCGGGACAUCACUAUUCCACAUGCUUACAUUUUAUUUUAGAUCUUGUUCAUUGCCACAAUUGAUAUUUUACUUUGCUCUAAAAAUCUGCCACACGCAUCAAUCGCUGAACUAUAACGUAGCUAAGGAACUAUAACAGAUUGCUCUUUAAAAUGAAUCAGCCAUGAUUAGCUCACCCUAACGUCUAACAGAUCAUAAAACAAUAAAAUCACGAGUUAUCGUUAUAAUAAAAUAAAUUAUAUUUUUAAUUGGUUUAGAGCUUACUUAUCUCUCCCAUAAAUGAAUCGAAUCAUAUAAAUCAAAAUCCUUUGAAGCCACACCAAUAAAAAUUGGUUAAUUCAAGAAAUACUUAAAGAGAAAUGCUUUAGCUUUGAAUGAGACUGUUUCCUCACCCACUCUAACCAACCAGUAUCCUAUCCCUAGGAAUGCUGGAAAAUUGCAUUGUGCAUUCCUGACAGAUUUGCAGUUGGAAAAUAUCUUCACAUUGCAACAUCUUGACAGGGGGAGAAGAGAAGGAGUCUGAUUAGCAGGCUCCAGUGUCAGGUUUUUCUCUCCUCUUACUGUUACUGACAUUUAUUACAUACUUUUCAAAGUUUUUCUGGUUUGUAUAUUUGUUUACAAGAGUUUGCUUGCUUGUUUAAAAAAACAAUUGUCAAGUGACACAUGCCCUGUCCCUUUAAAGAAUUGAUUUUUCUCAGGUGUAUAUUGGAAGGAUUUUGACUCGUACAAAUCAAUAAAUUUAUGGACAAAACACAUUUUUGCACAUUUAUACUUAUUUCUUCUCUAGCAUUCUAUUGCCACUAUGCUUCAAGGUCUGUGAAUUUUGCAUGAAUGUGUUGCCCACUUUCCAGUCGCCCCCUUCUCCCUUCCCUAAAACUUCCCCAAAUAUGGCAAUCCUCCACCAUAAUGCUCACACACUGACUUUAUUGGCAGACACUGGAGACCCAUCUAUAAGUGGUUCUCCUGUUCUUCCCUGUCAUAGACAUGUAGGCCGACAGCUGAUUGAUGGGUAAGGAGAGAAGCCAGACUGCAUGAGUCCAUUGUCACAUUCUCCCCACACUUGUUUAAAAAACUCAGUCAAAAAUAAUCCGUAGACGUUCAAUAAAAUCUUUCCAAUAAUAAAGUGUGCUUUCUAGGGUGACACUAUCGCUUUAAGAAACAACCGGAAGCAUUGUAGAUAAAAUUUCUGUCUGGCCACUCUGUGCAUUAAAAUGUUUGGUAUUUCCUGGGAACACAACAUCCUGUAGUUGAUUGACAAACAGGCAUUUGCUAUUCCUGCUAACAGCAAUAAAAACUGUUAGUUGACGUAAAAAGAAAUCUUAAUUUUGCAUUAUUUCAAGGGUUAUAUCAGAAUGAGAUAGUCCUGGAACAUUCUUGGUACUGUAUAUUUUCCAUAACAUUAAACUACAAGUACUGAUAGAACUGUCCCAUUCAUUCAAUCUCUGUCUGGCUCUAUAUGUCCUUUUAAGGCUCGUAAUUCAACACCAAUCAUGACUUCCCCCUAGAUUACCCAAACCAGAAGAAUUUGAAUGCUGAGAAAAUAAAUACAUAAAUAAAAAUCAUUUUUCUCCAAGUAUUUUUACAGCUUAUCAAAAUAAACUACUCUACGGGUUUAAUGAACUAUUUGAGCAUCGGUAAUUUGUUACAAAGGAUCACGAUUCAUACACAUUACUGUCAAAAUAAUUACUUAACGAUCUGUAGUAAGAAUUCAGGAUGAAUUCCUUAAUAUUUUCCCCAAGACUUAUGACAAAAUAAUCAACAGUGAUACAGCAAACAUAAUAAAAUUCUGUUUAAGAAUUUAGCAGAUAAGUGCAUCAUGGGUGCUGGAGGUUUGUUGUUCCUGCUUGAGAUAAGGAUCAUAGAGUUGUCUUAUUAAUGUUGCAAUGGAUUUCUGUUGUAUCUGAAAGAUAUUUGCUGUAUAAGUAAAAAUGACAACACUCAGUAGCUACUUAUGUUGUAGAAAUAAUUCAUUCAAAUCCAACCAUCCUGACUUUGGCAGUACAGGCCCGAUAUUCUAGUUCUGUCUCACCGUCUCAAUACCAGUAAACUGUCCCCAAAAAAGCAUUGUGUUAUCAUCUGAUGCGCAUGCACUAUAUUGAGGACACUAUGACCCUGCAGGAAGCACUGAACAGUACCUCCUGCAGGGUCAGCCCACAGUGGCUGGUUUGAUUGAAUGACACGCUUGACUGAAUGAACGCCAGGCUGACCUGACAGUAAUUCAGGUGAGCAGGCUGCCCCAUUUGGGGUGGAGCCAGUGACACAAUCAUAUCACUGACCACCCCUCUACCCCAUUUGUUUUGUUACUCUGACAAAACUUCUGAGGUAAUAACAUGAUAACCCUUUAUUCACUAAACAGUGAAACAAAUAGUAAAAAAAAAAUAUGUUGAUUUGGAAAAAUUCUUAAAUUUGGCUAUAGUGACAUCUUGGAUAUUUAGCCUAAAUUUUGUAAUCUGGUUUUCAGAUGAUUAACUUUUCGUGUUAGGUAAAUAUUUAUGAUUUUUGUAAAUGAGAAAGUUGGAAAUUGGAAUUGAAUAAACACAUGGCAAAAAAAGUACACAUUGUUCUUGCCGUUAGGCGUAAUCCAUUCCUUGUUCCAAAGGGGUUAAGAAAAGACAAAAACAGACAUUACAUUUUUUCUAUGUACAAAAAUAGGGGUAAUCCUGCCAGGGAAUAAAUGGCACAACAUAGUGCAAAACCAUACAGCAAGGUAAGAGAUAAUUAUAUACGCCGCUCACAAUUUAUUAAACAUGGAUAAAGAGCCUUCAAUGUAAUAGGUGUGGAUCUGUUCCAGGUCUUGAGCUUUAUUUAACAUAAAAAAUGAGAAAACACAAAGUGCAAUCCAAUAAAAUAGCAACCAAGUAAAGAACACAAUGCAAAUUUAUUAACUUACAUAGAAGUUAGUAUUAGCAGAUGUAGUGUUGGCAGAACUAGACAUUAAUUAUUUUCUAUUCCAUACUGUACCCAAAAUACAUUACCAAGUGGAUACAGUGAAGGGACUUUCCAAUUGCAGUCCUUAUCUCUAAUUUUGGAAGACAACAUCUUCCAUAAUUUUACUUGGAAUAUUUACUUUGGCCUGAGUUUUCAUAUCAUAUCCACACUACAUAUUUCUUAAUUACUAUAAUUAGUUUCUCUUUUCCAAAAUCCCUGGGACAGUUUUGAAACAUGUUAACAGACCAAAACUACAAACAGGCCUGACAUUCGCAAGUUUUAAGCCAUCGCUUCUGUAAACAGGACCCUGGCCUUUUAGGGAGAAGUUUUAUUUAUUUAUUUUUGUUUUGUUUAAUAUCUGUAUGAAAGACAAAAAACUAAAAUCUUACCCUACCUUGACAAGUUGGUCCUGGUAAUGUUAUUACACCUUCAACAAUUCCGGAUCUGCAAGUCACAGUGUCCCACAGACAUAAAGAGCACUAGAAAAACCAAAGAAAAAAGUUACUUGCGCACUAUUCCAAAUCCCUAUUUAUAUUUAGAUAAGUGGAGGUUUUUAGUUCCACUCAAGUGGCUAUUAGAUGUAAGCCCACCUUCCACGUCAAGGCAAAGAGUACGACCAACGCAUUUCGUGUGUGUCCACCAGACUUACUCAGGGCAAUGUAGUAUGUUCUCAACAAGUCCAUCUUUAAAAUGGAAUGUCUAUUAAAGUAUAUAAAUGGCAUUUAUAUACCAUAAAGUGCUGCAUAUUACUAAAUCCAGGACAAAUGUGUUCACUGUUCACAUUAUGAAACAAUAUUGAAACUGCUUAUUCAGUGGUGAUUUGUUUGAGCUGCCCUAAGAUUAAGGGAAAACUCACUAGCUCUAGCCAAUCAAACACACCCUAAAACCUUAGCUAUAAUCUUCACCUUAACUCUAAGCUAUAACCUUAAAUUUAACCCUAGUUUUUACCUUAGCACUAACCCUAGCUCUAACGUUAACUCUAAUCCUAGCUCUAAUCCUAGCUCUAAUCCUAGCUCUAACCUUAGCCCUACCUGUAACCGUAACUUUAACCCUAAUUCUUACCCUAAUCGUAGCCGUAUCCUAACUCUAGCCUUAACUUUAACCCUAGCUCUAACCUUAGCCUUAACCAUACAAAAUGUCAAACUAAAGCUUUAACCCUAGCUCUAAGCUUAGUCCUACCCAAACUCUAACCCUUGCUGUAACCUUAAAUAUAUUCCUAACAUAGAAACAUAGAAUGUGACGGCAGAUAAGAACCAUUCGGCCCAUCUAGUCUGCCCAAUUUUCUAAAUACUUUCAUUAGUCCCUGGCCUUAUUUUAUAGAUAGGAUAGCCUUAUGCCAAUCCCACGCAUGCUUAAACUCCUUUACUGUGUUAACCUCUACCACUUCAGCUGGAAGGCUAUUGAAUGCACCCACAACCCUCUCAGUAAUCGAAACUUAAAGAUUGCAGUUUAUUGAUAAGCAUUAACUUGCACUUAUCCACAUUAAAUGUCAGUUGCCACAAUUCUGACCAUUUUUCUAGUUUACCUAAAUCAUUUGUCAUUUGGCUUAUCCCUCCUGGAACAUCAACCCUGUUACAUAUCUUAGUAUCAUCAGCAAAAGACAUACCUUACCAUCAAGACCUUCUGCAAUAUCACUAAUAAAAAUAUUAAAGAGAAUGGGUCCAAGUACAGAUCCCUGAGGUACCCCACUGGUGACAAGUCCAAGCUUCGAAUAUAUUCCAUUAACCACAACCCUCUGUUGCCUGUUACUCAGCCACUGCCUUACCCAUUCAACAAUAUUGGAAUCCAAACUUAAAGAUUGCAGUUUAUUGAUAAGCCUUCUAUGUGCAACCGUGUCAAAAGCCUUACUAAAAUCUAGGUAAGCAAUGGCUACUGCACCACCCUGAUCUAUUAUUUUAGUUACCCAAUCAAAAAAAUCAGUAAGAUUAGUUUGGCAUGAUCUCCCUGAAGUAAACCCAUGUUGUCUCUGAUCUUGAAAUCCAUGUGAUUUUAGAUGUUCAACAAUCCUAUCCUUUAACAUGGUUUCCAUUACUUUCCCCACUACUGAAGUAAGGCCUACUGGCCUAUAGUUGCCCGACUCCUCCCUACUACCUUUCUUGUGUUCUAACCAUAACUCUAACCCUAGCUCUAACCUUUACUAUAACCCUAGCUGUAACCUUAGCCUUAACCCGAACUCUAACCUUACACCUACCCUAAAUCUAACCUUAACUCUAACCCUAAUUCUAACUCUAAUUCUAACUCUAACCUUAGCACUAUUCACACUAAUCCAAGCCUUAACUAUACUACCCUAAUUCUAUUUUUCUUAAAUAAUGUAAUCUAAAAUAUUAAUAUUAAUAAUAAUAACAAAGUAUUUAACCAGGAAAGGUACAUUCAGAUUACUCUGGGUUUCAAGUACGUCCUGGGGAUGUUAUAUUAGCCAAACAUCCAGGGGUUGUUACACUAAAGCAUGGAUUAAGGAAAAACAAUGGCAUCUCAAAAUAUUAACCCAUAAUAAAUGCUUUGCCAUUCAUGUAUGUAUUUGUGUGAGCAUUGAGAAAAGAACCUGGAAGUGGAAACAUUUUUAAAUAUCUCUUUAAGCCAUAUAAUCACUUUGUCAAAUUAUUAUUAAUAUUUUAUUAUUUAUAUAGCGCCAGCAAAUUCCGUAGCACUGUACAAAGGGAUGCUCUGAUUUCUACAUUUGAGGGGGUCAAUUGAUGUCCUUGAAAUAAACAUUGAGGAUGAAAUUGACAUGAUUAUUUUACUGAAACCACACAACAAACUGAAAGCGAUGAAUGCAGUCCAAAGAGGGAUUAAAUAAACCCAGUGUCCUGUUUUUCACGAGUCUGGCUCAUGAAUUGAGAGAAAACACGAUGUGGGAAAAUUGUUGUAAUACGUACGCCUAAGAACCAAAUAAAGACCAGAUGUUGUGCACCCCUCCCCUCCUCCCACCCCCCCCCCCCCCAUCAGCAUUUGGCCCCACAUGUUGCUUUCAAACUGAAUGAUAUGAGUAAAAAAGGUGUGUAUGCAACUUACUUUCAUGCUUGAGAAAUUCUGACUCACAAAGAAAUAGUGUCUAAGCUGUCAGGACUCUUUUAGGAGAACCCAACUCUAGUGCUAAAUCCUGGCCCAGUUCUGCCUCCUUCACCCCAAUAUUAUUUGUCUUCUACCCUCUAAUUUGUAAUAAAGGGGGCAUUAACAAAUCAGUCAUAAGUGAAAAAGAUAAUCAUAAAAACGAAACAAUGUGUAAAAAAUGUUUUUAUAAAAGUUCUAUCUAAUUUUCUUUGUAUGUUUUAUCGAAAACUAAAAUAGUGGACAUAACCAAGCUACUGCGAUGAACAGUGAAUAAAAUUGCAUGAUACGGUAAAAAUUGCACACAAAAAAAAAUACAGUACUGUGUUCAGCCAAUGUUACACUCAUAAUAUACUUUCAAAAUUCCUUGAGACCUCCGGGCUCUUGCCCAAACAUACAAGACAUUAGUAUUUUAAUUAAACAAGAAAUGAAUUAUAGCGUUUUUCAUUUGCUCUGAUAUAUAUACGUAUACGCAUACGUAUACAUUGCAAGAGAGCAAAAGUAUAGACAAAUACAUUGCUCCAUUUUUGUUCUGUGGCUUUAAAUAAAUGGACACGCUUAAAUGAUCUGUACUGUAAGCGCUGUUUUCUGGACAGUGUGGGUAGGGAUAGGCUAUGUUUAGGUAUACACGCUGCCAACUGGGUGAGCUGGCAGUGGUGGUUAAAAAGCAGGAAUACAGUGUGUUUGGCCACAGGACAGUUGAGAUAUAUUUAAGACAGUAUUUUCAGUACAGCUCAAACUCCUAUUGGCUUUGUAGUGGCAUUUCUGUAUGGCAUCCUAUGGGGGUGCCAACAGAUUAAUGAAAUAUGAUAUGAUGGUAUUGGACAGGGAAAAGAAUAAUGGGGAUUGACCUCCCAAUAAUAGCUAAAAGGUUAAUUUUGUUUUGUACAGUGCCUAAUUAAUCUUUAACCCCUUAAGGACACAUGACAUGUAUGACAUGUCAUGAUUCCCUUUUAUUCCAGAAGUUUGGUCCUUAAGGGGUUAAACAGUAAAAUCAUUCUCAAUAAACAGGGGAAUGCAGACAAGUGACAAAGGAAUCAGAAAAACAAACAAAAAAACAAAACAAUGCAUUCAAAACGUACACGUUUCUAUACAUUUUGAAUACACUUUAUUUUAGUAAGAGUAUCCCACGUUUAUAUUUCUACAUGCUGUACAACUGAUAGUGGGAAAUUAGUAGCAGCUUUUUAAAACAUGUUUUUAGAUUAUACACUUAAAGGGUUACUCCAGGAAACAUGACCACUUCACUGAAUUGAAGUGGUCAUGGUACAUAGAGCUUGCAUGUGAAACAUUUGUAUAAAAUUGCGCAUCUACAGAAACUAGUCCUUCCGUAACUCCACCUCCAGUCGUGCCAAUAGGACAAGAGUUCCGAGUGGCUAAUGUUAACCAUCUGCAAAUUUGGUGUCUGACACCAGCUCGAACAGCAUGCUGGCACCAGAGAGACACUGGCCGCACACCCCCCUAUGCUGUCCCUGUCCUCCUGACAGUAGCAUGUCAAGCACAUGACAAUAGAUGCCUGUCGUCAUCUUCUCAACACAACUCAUUGAGAAUGUGUAAAUGAAAACCCUCUGAUUGGUCAAUCCACUGAAACCGAAAGUGUGUGCUGGGAAAAAAAAGAGAAGACUUACAGCAGACACUAGAUAUGCAGCUAUUACAAGCUAAUUUCCCUAUACAUGCAUGUUUUCUAUUGGAAUUUAUCUACCAGUAGUGUAAAAAACUAUAUAUAUAUAUAUAUAUAUAUAUAUAUAUAUACCGGACACUCAGGAACGGUACAUGGCUCCCAACCACCACCUCCCUCUAAAAAAAAGCUGUUCCCACCAUAUUUACCCCUCCAGGUCGUUCCACCCAGGCCAGCGCCCUUUCCAGGGGCAUCAGAGACCCACAAAAAGGCCACAGAGGCACGGUGCGCCUGACCAGGAGCAACCACCAAUCACUAUGGAACUCCUGAUCGGAUCACAGACCAGCUUUGGUCCGGUAAAACUUUGUCCCAGAGUCACCUAGCAAAGCGCUUAUUGGAGGGGAGAUAGAGAAGGUGGUGAGGCAACCAACGGUACCCAGGGUUUAAGAGAGAUCAAUGUACCUGCCGAAAGCACCGUUGUUUUACGUGACUGGAGUUUUCCACCCAGCGUUAUGGAACUCUGCACCGGAUGUUACUUCCAGCUAACUUGUCCAACCAUCAAUGGUACGAUCUCUUUUUGGACAUAGUGGGUGCACUGAAGAGAGCUUUCAGGAGACACCAUUUGUUUGGGGCUGUUGGCAUGGGAAGCUCAGGUUUUCUGUAAAAAUGUUAACUGGCGUCGAAGUAUCUGGACGCUAACUCAAUUACCUGCUCAGGUGCAGACCCCUUGGAGCCAGGUAUGUUGCAAUCCUUAUUGUUCUCCUUGGGGCCUCCAGUUGAGGACCCAGGUAUAAAAGUGUUUUCUUAAUAAAAUCAGUUCUACUUCAUCCUACACCAAGUAUUGGCAAGUGCUUGGGGUGAAUCUCCUUAACAGCUAUAAUUCUCUGAAAUCAUCACAGGGCUAUAAUUACUGAGGAAAAGGGGGUCCAUGGCGGGGACACUUGGGUCCUCUGCGAGUAGGCCACGACAAAUAUACUGUAAAUAUUUUUUCAACUGAGUGUUCCUAUAAGGGGACAAGAGUGUUCUUUUAAUGGAGGAAUCUUUUGAUCUCCCCAAUAGGACCACGGUCCAACUAACUAACUUUUCGUCCUUCGCCAUGGGUAAAUGUUACAUUCUUUUUAAUGAAGCAGCUUCCUGUUUCCAUUUCCACACAUAGGUAAGUCAGUUAAUUUGUGUUUAUUCCCUUAAAUUGUUUUACUGUUGCGGUAAAUAUUAGCAUGAAGAGAAUCCAGACAUAUAAAAGAUAGAAGGUUCAAAGUGGGGCAGAAGAUGCAGAUCUACAGAUAUUUCAUGGAAUUUCAAAUAUUCAUCGGAAGAUUAAAAAGGCCGCAAUGUGAGUUUUAUCAGAUUCCAGCAGUUUAUCAGGAAAGGAUGCAGGUAAAAUAGUCACUAAGCGCCGAUUUGAAAGAAAUAAAUGCCUUGCAUGCUUUUCAAAAUGUAAAAAAACACAGUUUAUUGACGUUUUCUGCUUAUACUGCAUUCUUUAAAUCCCUAAGGUUUUAACAAGAUGUAGGAGGCAUUCGCAACAAUCUGAAAUGUAAUGCUUUGUGGUAAGGGCAAAUAUCAACACAAUUUACAAAAAUUACAUUUAAAGGGACAGUCUAAGCACCAACAUCACUUUAUCCUAAUGAAAGGAUCGUGGGGGCUAGAUUCUUCUCCUGCUUUGUCACAGUAGAAAAUAGUGACAUUUUUGGAGAAAUUACAGUGUUACAUAGAAACAUAGAAUGUGACGGCAGAUAAGAACCAUUCGGCCCAUCUAGUCUGCCCAAUUUUCUAAAUACUUUCAUUAGUCCCUGGCCUUAUCUUAUAGUUAGGAUAGCCUUAUGCCUAUCCCACGCAUGCUUAAACUCCUUUACUGUGUUAACCUCUACUACUUCAGCUGGAAGGCUAUUCCAUGCAUCCACUACCCUCUCAGUAAAGUAAUACUUCCUGAUAUUAUUUUUAAACCUUUGUCCCUCUAAUUUAAGACUAUGUCCUCUUGUUGUGGUAGUUUUUCUUCUUUUAAAUAUAGUCUCCUCCUUUACUGUGUUGAUUCCCUUUAUAUAUUUAAAUGUUUCUAUCAUAUCCCCCCUGUCUCGUCUUUCCUCCAAGCUAUACAUGUUAAGAUCCUUUAACCUUUCCUGGUAAGUUUUAUCCCGCAAUCCAUGAAUCAGUUUAGUAGCCCUUCUCUGAACUCUCUCUAAGGUAUCAAUAUCCUUCUGAAGAUACGGUCUCCAGUACUGUGUACAAUACUCCAAGUGAGGUCUCACCAGUGUUCUGUACAAUGGCAUGAGCACUUCCCUCUUUCUACUGCUAAUACCUCUUCCUAUACAACCAAGCAUUCUGCUAGCAUGUCCUGCUGCUCUAUUACAUUGUCUGCCUACCUUUAAGUCAUCAGAAAUAAUCACCCCUAAAUCCCUUUCCUCAGAUGUUGAGGUUAGGACUCUAUCAAAUAUUCUGUACUCUGCCCUUGGGUUUUUACGUCCAAGAUGCAUUAUCUUGCACUUAUCCACAUUAAAUGUCAGUUGCCACAAUUCUGACCAUUUUUCUAGUUUACCUAAAUCAUUUGUCAUUUGGCUUACCCUCCUGGAACAUCAACCCUGUUACAUAUCUUAGUAUCAUCAGCAAAAAGACAUACCUUACCAUCAAGACCUUCUGCAAUAUCACUAAUAAAAAUAUUAAGGAGAAUGGGUCCAAGUACAGAUCCCUGAGGUACCCCACUGGUGACAAGUCCAAGCUUUGAAUAUAUUCCAUUGCCUACAACCCUCUGUUGCCUGUCACUCAGCCACUGCCUUAUCCAUUCAACAAUAUUGGAAUCAAAGAUUGCAGUUUAUUGAUAAGCCUUCUAUGUGCAACAGUGUCAAAAGCCUUAGUGAAAUCUAGGUAAGCAAUGUCUACUGCACCACCCUGAUUUAUAAUUUUAGUUACCCAAUCAAAAAAAUAAAUAAUAUUAGUUUGGCAUGAUCUCCCUGUAGUAAACCCAUGUUGUCUCUGAUCUUGAAAUCCAUGUGUUUUUAGAUGUUCAACAAUCCUAUCCUUUAACAUGGUUUCCAUCACUUUCCCCACUACUGAAGUAAGGCUUACUGGCCUAUAGUUGCCCAACUCCUCCCUAUUACCUUUCUUGUAAAUGGGCACAACAUUCGCUAACUUCCAAUCUUCUGGGACUACUCCUGUUAACAAUGAUUGUUUAAAUAAAUCUGUUAAUGGUUUUGCUAGUACACCACUAAGCUCUUUUAAUAGCUUUGGGUGUAUUCCAUCCGGUACCAUUGACUUAUUUGUCUUUACUUUUGACAGUUGAAAUAGAACCUCUUCCUCUGUAAACUUUCCUUCAUUUUCAUCUGUAAAUACAGAACAAAAAUAUUCAUUGAGGCAGUCAGCUAGACCUUUAUUCUCUUCUACAUACCUUCCUUCUUUUGUUUUUAAUCCAUCUAAUCCUUGUUUUACUUUUCUUUUCUCAUUUAUGUAUCUAAAAAAAGUUUUGUCCCCCUUUUUUACUGACUGUGCUAUUUUCUCUUCUGUGUGUGAUUUGGAAGCUAUUAUAACUUGCUUAGCCUCUUUCUGCCUAAUCUUAUAGAUCAUUUUUGUCUUCCUUACUCUGUUUUUUUUUAUAAUUACUAAAUGCUAACUUUUUGUUUUUAACUAUUUUGGCCACAUCUGCAGAGUACCACAGUGGUUUCUUGAAUUUUUUGCUUUUACUGACAAGCCUAAUGCAAUUUUCUGUUGCCUUCAAUAGUGCAACUUUUAAAUACCGUAUAUACUCGUGUAUAAGUCGAUCUCAUGUAUAAGUCGAGUGCAGUUUUGUGACCAACAAUUGUGAAAUAUGCUAUGCCUCGUGGAUAAGUCGAGGGUAAAACUUGGGGUUAUGAAAUUCUGUGAUUUUUAUAAUUAUAUACACACACACUCAUACAAACACACACUCUGCAUUAGAUAUACCCACACUCAUACAAACACACACUCUGCAUUAUAUAUACACACACACUCAUACAAACACACACUCUGCAUUAUAUACACACACACACUCAUACAAACACACAUUCUGCAUUAUAUACACACACACACUCAUACAAACACACACUCUGCAUUAUAUACACACACUCUGUGUAUAUAAUGCAGAGUGUGUAUAUAAUGCAGAGUGUGUGUUUGUGUAGUGUGUGUGAACUGGGUGGGGGGAGGGCAUUUUUAUUAUUUUAAUUUUUUUAUUUUAAUAUUAUUAUUUUUUUAUUAUUUUAAAUUUUUUUUGUCCCCCCUCCCUGCUUGUUAACUGGUCAGGGAGGGGGGCUAUCUUAAUCCCUGGUGGUCCAGUGGCAUGGGCUGUGAAGUGGGGGGCCGGCAGGAAGCAUUUACUUACCUUUCCUGCAGCUCCUGUCAGCUCCCUUCUCCUCCGUUCCGGUCAGCUCCACAGUAAGUAUUGCGGUCUGGUUGCCGCGCGGAUCGUUGCCACGGCUCUGACGGCCGCGGCUCUCUAAGUUGCCAUAAUACAGACAGUGACUCGAGUAUAAGUCGAGUGGGGGUUUUUAAGCACAAAAAAUGUGCUGAAAAACUAGACUUAUACUCGAGUAUAUACUGUAAUCCCAUUUCUCUUGGACUCCAUUUAAAUUGCUCCAGUCUGAUAAUGACUCCUCUACCCAUAUUCUAAUUUUAGAAAAGUCUGCUUUUCUAAAGUCUAAAACUUUUGUUUUUGUGUGGUGUGACUCAGUCACUGUUCUUAUAUUAAACCACACUGACUGAUGAUCACUGGAUCCUAAACUUUCACCUACAGUAAUAUCUGAUACCAAAUCUCCAUUUGUUAACACUAAAUCUAGUAUGGCCUCUUUACGAGUUGGCUCCUCAACAACUUGUUUUAGAGACAAUCCCAGUAGGGAGUUUAGAAUAUGUGUGCUCCUGGCACAAGUAGCUAAUUUUGUUUUAAAAUUCACAUCAGGAAGAAUAAAGUCACCCAUGAUGAUAACUUCCCCAUUCAUUGUGAUUUUAGCUAUUUCCUCAACUAGUAGAUUAUCUAACUCUUCAAUUUGUCCUGGGGGCCUAUAAAUCACACCUACACGAGUUACUGUGUGAUUACCAAAUUCUAACGUAACCCAAACGGACUCUAUGUUCGCCUCACUAACUUUUAUUAGGCCAGAUUAUAUGCUAUCCUUCACAUACAGGGCCACCCCUCCCCCUUUCUUGCCUUCCCUGUCUUUUCUAUAUAAAGAGUACCCUGGUAUUGCUAUGUCCCAGUCAUUCAUUUUUCUCAUUAUACCAUGUCUCAGUAACAGCGACUAAAUUUACACUAUCAGUUGCCAUUAUUGCCACAAGUUCAUGGAUCUUAUUCCCUAAACUGCGAGCAUUUGUAGACAUGACAUGCCUUACGCAGUGACCACACCCCUUGUGUCCGUCAUUCAGACAACCACUUUGGGCUUCCGACUAAAAUAGAUUUAAUAAUUGAAUCAAUGUUAUGUCCAAAGGUAGCAAUGCAAAGUAUGUUGAUCCCAGACACUGGGUGCACGUCCAGAGAGAAGCAGUGGAUUCAAAGUGUUUUAUAGAUAAGCUCUGGUAUGGAGAUUUUUACACUAUAAGCUGCGUGUGCACUCUAUGUCAGUUGCACUCGUGGGAUAUCACAGUAUCAGAGCAUAAAAAUAUGUGUGUUUUAUUGCAGUAAAAGAUAACAGUAUUAUGACAUUCACAGUUAAAAUCCCACAUGUAGCACAUAACAGCACACUUUGAUGAACAAGAGGCACUUAGAAAAUAAAUAAAAUCACAGAACAUCAAAAACAACCUGCCGAUACUACAUGUCCUUUUCCCGUCAGUGAAGAUACAGCACAGACGAAGAACAGACCUACGCAUUUCGCCCGUAUUACUUUGACUUCAUCAGGGACUAAAAAUGCCAAAACGCAUAAAAAAACCUAUACAUUUUUUUUUUUUUUUAUCUGCAGAUUUGCCUUUUUUUUUACUGUGUUCUAGAAGAUUUGGAAAAAUCAACGUUUCUACAGAUCUAUUGUAAAUUAAACAGUAAUACCUUGCCAAUGGUUGUUUGUUGUGAAAUGUAUCCAAUUGCCUGAUGAGAGGUGUGCUACAUCACAGGUGUAUCUAAACAAUUAGAUGUGAAAUUGGUCCAGGGUUUUACAUAUCUUAUCAAGAGUUAACACUAUUGCUUCAAUUCAUUGCAAGCAGUUAUUCACUUGCUAUUUUUUGCCUGUAAUUGUGAAGACAGAAGAUAGAUUGAGGCUAUAAUUUUGUUGCUAUUUUUGCUGGACAUUCACAUAAGCCAUGGUCAUUUUGUGUAGGGGUCACGCCGCAGAAUGUAUCAAAAGUUAAAGAAGAUGGUUUUUACCCCAUCCCCCUCUGCUUUCUCUCUUGAUUUUUGAAAACCUAUAAGUCAUUCUUCUCUGUAGUGUGUAAUUAAUUUUUUCACUUUCUUCACUACAAGUACAGAACAGAAAUUGCUAAAUGGAAGAAAGUUAAAUAUAAAUAUAGUUCAUAUAAUCAGCUCCUACAAAGUACCAGUUAUCUUAUUCGUCAUGAUAAAAUGCUUGUUGCUCAUAGCUUGGCAUAUUUUUUUAAGGGGGGACGGUCACUUCUCUGUAAUUUACACCAUUGAAUAAAAAACUGAAAAUUACCUAUGACUUGUGUCAAUCUUUUUUUUUAUGGAAUGCGCCGUUUUCAUUUAAAUUUAUAUUAAAGGUUUAUCAAAUGAUGUCAUAAUUCAGCUCAGACAAGGCACACACAGGGCAAAUUAUGCUAAUAAAUAGGAGAAAUAGAAACAUUGUUUCAAUCUUCCUCUGCUCUGUAUGCAUUCUCUGUGCUGACUGCCAGGUGCAAAGGAAUGAGCAUGUAAUGAUGAUUGACAUGGAACUAAGAUGGAGGCACCCAGUCGCAGGAUAAAGAGGUGUGGUUUUCUACACUUAAAGGGUUAUUCAAUAAAGUUAGAAUUCAAAGUGAAUUUCAAAUUUAAGUCAGAGUUGCUGAAUUGAAAGCAUACCUGAGUUAGAGAGUAUUUCCAGUUUAAGUAUUUUGAGAUUAGAUUUGAAAUGUAAUGUGAUUUCAACUUGAAUUUUUACUUUAGUAAAUAACCCUGAUAAUUUAGCUAUUCACCCUUCUCUAAUUGUAUUAUUAUUUUAUUAUAUAUAUAUCGCCAGCAAAUUCCCUAGCGCUGCACAGUGGGUGGACUAACAGACACGUAAUUGUAACCAGACAAGUUGGACGCACAGGAACAGAGGGGUUGAGGGCUCUGCUCAACGAGCUUACAUGCUAUAUAUAUGUAUAUAUUGUACAACUAUAUGUAAUGGUUAUGCAAUUUUAGUGAGAGCAGAGAAGGGUAGAAGUGAUAGAAUAUGAAACAGAAGUUUUACUCACUAAAUCACAAUACAUUUGAAAUCCCCGUCAUGGUCAGAAAAAACAAAAUGCACUGACUGGGAUAACUAAUGACUGCUGUAUGUUUGCUAUAAAAUGCUUAUAUUUCCAAAGUAAUUAAACAAAAAGGCAAAUUUAAUACCUUUUAUGGGAAUAUUCACACCUUGAAAUUGUGCUCAAUUAUUGUAUAAGCAUAACUGUCAUAACUGUCAUUAUAAAUGGAAAAAUAUGUUAAAAGGAAAAAUUGAGAAAAUAGUUUCCCUUUUGUAAUUUUUUUUUAAAGCUUUAUUUAGCAUAACUAUUUUUUCUAUUGUCAUUGAUAGCAUUUGUUGUUUUUUUUGUUGCAAUGGUAAUAGUUAUCAUUACCAUACAUAACAUUGCCAUAAUUACCUUUUGUUAUAUUGUGGUAGCUGUCAAUUCAACUGUAAAGCAGGGCAGAAAGGGUAAUUGUACAAGCACAAACAUGUCGGACUAAAAACAAACACAUUUUGGGUGCACAUCUUCACUUCCAGGUCAUGACAGGUCAGAUGGCUUUUGGUUGUGACGGUGGGGUCACAACAAGUACACUAUUUGUUUUCGACAGUUACACACACACAUUACUUGGACUCAGCUAAGCUAUUUCCGUUUUUUUUUUUCUUAAUUACUUCGCCAAAUUAGAAGCAUUUGAAUAUCUUUUCAAACCUUUUCUCUUUAACGUGUUAUUUUAUUAAAAUUAUUAAUUAUUAUAAUUUAAAUAAACGCAUUACAACACUUUAUUCAUGUACAUAUUUUGUGGUUAAUUUUCUUAAAUAUAUUGGAGAUAAAUGAUAGUGUUCUCAGCUUGCAUUUUCUCACAGAGAGUUCAUAUAUCCAUCUCCCACUCACAAAAUUCUCGGUGAUGUCAAGCAUGUACAAUGACACAUAUCUGGUGGGCAUGUACAAAAUUGUCAUCAUUGUGGAAAAUUGUUAAUGAUCUUAUCAACAAUGUCUCUUGGUAUGACAAGCUUUUCCACCUAAGGUUUUCUACUUUUUAUAAAGAAUUGCAUAAUAAUUUUUAAGAAUCAUUCCACAAAGAUCUAUUAAAUAGAUUUUUAAUAUAAUCACAUAUUUGUACUUUUUAAUGUUUGUAUGAGAUUUAGUGAUUUUAUUUUAAAUUUUCCUCAAAGGUUUUGAUAUCUGUUAAAGGGACACUAUAGUCACCAGAACAACUACAGCUUAUUGUAUUUGUUCUGGUGAGUAGAAUCACUCCCUUCAGGCUUUUUGCAGUAAACAUUGUCUUUUCAGAGAAAAUGCAGUGUUUACAUUGCAAUUUAGGAAUAACUUCACUAGCCACUCCUCAUAUGACUGCUAGAGGUGCUUCUUGGGGCAGUGCUGCACAGUGAACAGCACUAACAUUGAGUGUCUCCACCCUCUGCAUGAAGACACUGAACUUUCCCUAUAGAAAUGCAUUGAUUCAAUGUAUUUCUAUGAGGAGAUGCUGGUUGGCCAGGGCUAGGGCUGCAUUUGGCUUCUUUUGGCUCUGCCUCUGAACUGCCUCCUUGACAGUCUGUGCCAAUCCUAUAGGAAAGCAUUGUGAUUGGCUCAGAGAAUCAAUGAUGUCAGACAAGCUGGCAGAUCAGGGGCAGAGCCAGCAGCUGCAGACUUGAAGAAAAGUAAGAUUUGAUUACAUUUAGAGAUGCCAGGGGGGCUAAAUUGUGGUUUUAACACCACGUGUCAGGAAUACAUGUCUGUAGUGUUCCUUUAAUUCUUAUUUACUAGGCCUUAUUUUUACAAGCAGUUUUCUCCAUAGAGUCAAUGUCUUUCCCUUUAUUGACUUCACUGUGUUCUAAAUAUGAAUCAAAUAGCAAAUUACAGAGUCUAUGCUUUCUUUUGGAAAGCAAAGGAAAUAUCUCUGCGACUGUUAAUCUUCCUUCGCAAUUCUUUAUUUAUAAAAUGCAUGAAUAUAGACAUACAUACUUAUAGUAAUGACUAAAUGAAGCAAAAAUAGAUCCCACAUUUUGAAGCAUAAUAAAAAAGUAGGUCAACUGUACCGCUAAAAUAAAAAAGACGAAACAAAUUAAAAGAUAAAAAGAUAUCAAGGGAGAGUAAGUUAAGGAGACGAAGAACAACUGUUCUGAGAAGCAACAGUAGAACCAUCCAGACUCUAGGAUAUUGUUUCUGUAGCCAAAGGUGUCUACAAAGCUUAAAGGACUAGAGCCUAUGGACCAUAGUUAGCGUAUAUAUUAACAUGUUAUCUGCAACGCUGUGUAAAACUGUUGUGUCUAUUAAUACUGUCAACUGGUCAUGUUAAAAGGAUCACCAAAUAGUAGAGAACAUUAUAUAGCAAAGACCUAAAAUAUUUCCUGUAAAAAUUGCUAAUAUUUAAAUUGUCCAUGUUCCAAACAGUUACAUACCCAACUUGCUAUUUCAAAUCUAACUGUUAAGCUAUGUUUACAAGUUAGUUUAGUAGAUAGUGCAAAAGAAGUUUGAACCUCCCAGAAUCCUUUGUGUCAGACUUUUGCUUAUGAAUGGUGCUUCAACAUAGAACAUUGCUGAUGUGUUACUAGAUAUGUAUCACAGAGUUAGAAUUAUGAUAAUGUUAACAUAGUAAGAGAAAAUGUUCUAAUAUGAACAAUGUUUUAAUGUAGCGUCCAUAUAAUACAUAAAAGGUUUUACUAAUCAUGAGGCUAAAAGGUUGCUUUUAAUUUUUUAAUCUGUAGCUUUAUUAAUGUUUCUUUUUUUCUCUUCAAGGUUUCUUCUCCAAAAAUGAAGGUCUUCCUUUUUCUAUGCUCCUACGUGAUCUUCUGUAAAGCCCUGCCUUUUGAGCAGAGAGGAUUCUGGGAUUUUUCCAUGGAUGAUGGAUUUAGUAUGAUGCAAGAUGAGGGAUCAGGAAUAGCACCUACUCCAACCCCUGGCUCCGACGGUCCUACUCUAGACUUAUGCCCGUUUGGUUGUCAUUGCCAUUUGCGUGUUGUGCAGUGCUCCGAUCUGGGUGAGUUAAUAUUGAUUUACUUCGGAAACUAAAAGGUUGCUUGCAAAUGUUUUCUUAUAAUUGUAUUUUACGAGCGGCUGAGAAAGUUCUUAAACAAAAAAUGUGCAUAGUUGAAGCAUAAUCUUUUUAAUUUGUCAUUAUGAAUUCUGCCCGUGUUGCCAAAAUAGAGAUGAUCGAUCGAAGAACAGAUGAUCAAUGGCUAGGGAGUCAGUCACUAAACGUUGAUUUUAUUCACAGAUCAUAGAAAUGAGAAGUGGCAAAUACAGAAGCAGUAAAAGAAAAUCUGUAUUUAUAUAUUGCAUGUUUAAUAAAUAUAUAAUAAAUAAAUAUAAAAAUGUAGAUUUUUUACUGCUCCUGUUUUGUUUACUUGUUAUCACAUGAUCUGUGAGUCAAAUGGCAGGAAAAUAUUCUUAUUAGUGCUCUGGAAAAUAGCUUUGUAACAUUUAUAUUAAAUAUAUAUUUUGGAGAACCCUGACUUGCCCGUUUUUACAGUAUUUUGGUUCUUCUGCUUCAUUUCCCAAAUCAGUUUUUACAUCACUGAAAUUGUGCAGAGCUGAACUAACGAAUGGCCGAAAUUUGGCCAUUGUGAAAAAAAUUCUAUUUUUACAAAAAAGUGAUUUGGCCGAGCCAAUUUUUAUCAUUGAGCACAAGUCUAGUUAUGAGUUACAACCUGCAUUAAACUAGUGUUAAUCUAUUCCUUUUGAUAAGAAUUUUCAAAUAGAUUAAUAAAUAGAUCGAAUUUAACCCUGACGAAUUUAACCCUAACCCUCUAAAUAUGAGCAUUCAUCUCUUAGUGUCUGGUAGGGGAUGUGGAGUUUAGUUCUUGUUUUGAUAUAUAAAUUGUCAGGAUUAUUCACUAAAGUGAGAAAUCAACGUGAAUUUUAAAUUUAAAGGGACACAAUAGUCACCAGUAACAAUUACAGCUUAUUGAAUUUGUUCUGGUGAGUAGAAUCAUUCAGGCUUCAGGCUUUUUGCAGUAAACAUGGUCUUUUCAGAGAAUAUGCAGUGUUUACAUUAGAGCCUAGUGAUACCUGCACUGGCCACCAGCGCUGUAUAUAGAGUGAGGCUAACAAGGCAUAUGCAUUGGGCGGCACUUUCAGGGGCCCGGCUGGACACCUCAGGGCCCCUGAAGCAGGCAGCUGCUUACUAUACAGGCAGGAGGCGAGGAAGCACUGUCCCCUGAGCUCUCCAUGCUCAGCUCCCUCGCGCACACCGCAGUGAUAUUAGUGCCGGAAUAUGACAUCACUCUGGCUCCUGGCAUUACUAAACAGUGCGCGAGGGAGCUGAGCAGGAGGAUUACAGCUCCCGCCCAGCAGCAAUGGACCCAGCCCAGUCAGCAGCACAGGAACCAGCCCAGCCAGCAGAAGUCCCAUUGGACCCCAGGGACAUCAGCCCCAUUGGACUCCAGGGAGGAAUCCACUCCAGCUCUCCCAAAGGUAGGAAGGCUGGGUGGAUUUAUAUUAAAAUAAAUAAUAGACAAUGUUAGACAAUGUGUGUGAGUGUGUCAGUAUCAAGGUUUGCCUCAGUGAAUGUGUGUGUGUGUGUGUGUGUGCGUCUGUUAGGGAAUGUGUGUCUGUCAGUGUACGUUUGUCAGUGAAUGUGUAUAUUAGUAAAUGUGUGUGUGUGUGUCUGUGAGUGUGUGUCUGUCAGUGUACGUCUGUCAGUGAAUGUGUCUGAUAGCAUGCGUGUGUCUGUCAGAAUGUGUCCGUCAGUGAAUGUGUGUGUGUCUGUCAGACUGUGUCCGUCGGUGAAUGUGUGUGUGUCUGUCAGAGUGUGUCCGUCAGUGAAUGUGUGUGUCUGUCAGUGUGUGUCUGUCAGUGAAUGUGUGUGUGUCUGUCAGUUUAAGUCUGUCAAUGAAUGUGUCUGUUAGUAUCUGUCAGAGUGUGUCCGUCAGUGAAUGUGUGUGUGUCUGUCAGUGAAUGUAUGUCACCGUAUGUAUAUCUGAGAGUGUGUGCAUGUCAGUGAGUGGCUGUGUCAGUGUAUGUCUGUCAGUGAAAGUGCAUGUAAAUCUUAAAGCAAGAAGUGCGGCCUUGACAUGAAUGGGGAGAAUGGGGGACCGAGUUUUGUUAUGCCUAGGGCAGCACAAAUUCAAAAUACACCACUGCUGUCGACUCUUCAGAUGGCUGCUAGAGGUGCUUCCUGGGACAGUGCUGCACAGUGUGACUGCCAUUCAGUGUCUCCACCCUCUGUAUGGAGACACUGAACUUUCCUCAUAGAGAUGCAUUGAUUCAAUACAUCUCUGUGAGGAGAUGCUGGUUGGCCAGGGCUGUGUUUGCCUUGUGCUGGCUCUGCCCCUGAUCUGCCUCCUUGACAGUCUCAGCCAAUCCUAUGGAGAAGCAUUGUGAUUGGCUUGUAAAAAAACUUCUUAUGAUGUCAGACAAGCAGGCAGAUCAAGGGCAGAGCCAGGAACUGCAGACGUAAACAAAAGUAAGAUUUAACUUUAUUUAGUUGGGCAAGGGGAAGGCGUGGCCGGGGGGGCUAAAUGUUGGUUUUAACACUGUAGGAUCAGGAAUACAUGUUUGUUUUCCUGACCCUAUAGUGUUCCUUUAAAGUCAAAACAGCCAAAGAGGAAAUAUUAUCUAAUUCGGAAAUGCUUCCAAUGCUACUUUGGCCUUAAAUUUGAAAUUAAUUUUGAAUUCUCACUUCAGAAAAUAACCCUAUGUAUUGUUCCAUUUUUCCAUGAGGUUUCAACCCCUUUCCAUCCACUAUGCUUUCCUUUAACUUGCCUAAAGUUUAUGGAGAAUAUUUUCAGGGAUUGGAAAAAUAAAUAUGUCAGAUAAUUGCACUGCACAAAUGAUAAUAAUGCCUGAUUUACUCUUAGAGCGUUAUUUCCAUUUGCGGAAGGGUGAAGCAGCCGUCCAUAAGUAUGUUCUCAUACCCUAACUACACUAAAAUAUUUAUAUUCAAGUCAUACUAUAGAAAGCAGCUGUCUAAGACUAACAAGGUUUUCAAAAAAAAAGAAAAAAAAAAGAUUUGCCUGGUUUUAUCUAUUUUCUACCUGAAAAGUUUGGAAAUACAGGAACGUGCCUGGGGUCCCAUUAGUAAAAGCAUCUUACCUCACUCUUAAAUGGGAAGCACGCAAUGAUUUAUGCCAUUGGAAUGUUUAUGAUUCUUAUGAAUGGCUGGUAAAAGGUUGGAAUGUUAAAAUGCAAAGAUUUUACAAAAAGAAAAAAAACCCUUCCUGUCCUACAGGCCCCUUAACGAUUAUAUCAAACAUUGAAGAAUAGGAAAGAGAUACACGCUUUGUAAACAUGCUCAUUUGCUUGACAGUUGUAUAUCCCUGACAAAUAAUGAAAGAAUCGCUCAAUCCAUUUUAAAGAAUGUUUGAAACCAAAUUUAAUCUAGAUUUAUGUCCAUUAUUUUUUGUGAAAAAUAUUGUUUUUCUAAAGGAAACGACUUGUGAUUCUUGUGACUACUAUUAUAGGAACACUGUAGGCACCCAGACAACUUCUGCUUAUUGAAGUGGUCUGGGUGCUGUGUUCCUUUUGAACCGAGUGCUGCAAUGUAAUAAAUUUAUAAGUAAAUGAAGGGUUUUUAACCCUUUAUUUACCGGGGAGGGGGAGUAUGAGGAAGGGGGGAGGUAAAAGGAUCGGUAGUGCCAGGAAUACAGCUUUGUAUGGCACUACAGUUAUCCCUUCAACAUUUCUGUGACAAUGAGCUUUACUAAGUCUAAAAGGCUGUUAGACUUGACCGUUCGAUUCCAAAUGAUUCACGAGUCGCCAUCAUUUGGGCGAUUGGCAAGUCGUCCAAAUACUGUAAUUUUGGAUCACGAAACAAAGAAAACAAGGAAUGAACGAGACGUUUUGUUUGUUACAUUAUUCAGAGUGGCGUUCGUGGUGACAAAGACAAUAAAAUCGAAUGAAAGAUUGAUUGGAAAAUAGCGAUCAUCUUUUUUAAUCUUUUAUUUUUUUAUUCGCAAAUUAACUGGGAAGUAACUAAAAAAAGGAGGAAGAGUAAAAACAAUUAUAUUUUUAAAUUAAUAAUUUAAAAAUAAAUAUUUUAUAAAUAUAUAUUUUCGAUUGCUUUUUUACCCCUUUAUUGGUCACUUAUUCACACUCAAUCUGUUAGCCAAAUGGUGCACUGAAAAAUAUAUUUUUUUUACCAUGUUGGUGUGUCUGAAUCUUUUUUGAGAAAAAGAUCACACAAACUAUUGACGAAUACGUUCGGCCAAAAUUUUUUGGGACGAAUACGUAAGGACAAAACAAAAACUAUGCCUUGCAUAAAUCUAUUAUCUGUAUUUUUGGGUGUUGCAUCAGUUGAAUGCGUGAACAUACAGAUCAGAGGAUGGCUGGCUUUGACCUGGGGGACAACUGUAAACAAAUGGCCCAAUCUCUACUAACUUUUUUAAUUCCAUUAUAAAUGUUUUAUACUAAUAAUGCAAGAACGCGAAAAAAAAAUCAUAAACAAAUAAUGUUACAAAUAUGUUUUAGCAUUCUGCUGUUAGACAAUAGUCCCCGAUCCCCCCGAUUCUAGGACCCUUAAGGAAAUAGUUCGAGUAGACAGCCACUAGAGGAGGAGCUAACACUAGCAGGUAAUUAUUGCAGUUUAGCUCAGGGUUAACGGACCUGGGACACUGCACCCAGAUCACUUCAAAGAGCUCGAGUGGUCUGGAUGCCUAUAGUGUCCCUUUAAGUUGAAAAAAUAAAUAUAUGUUUAGGAGAAGGACGCAAUGUUUUUAGAUUCAUGGAGCAGCCUUCUUAGAGAGGUAUUUAUACCUGGUUGGUGGGUUUUACACUAUGUUUUAUAAAAGAGACCUUAUAGGCACCCAGACCAUUUAAUAUAGUGGUCUGGGUGCACUGUUCCUGUCCCCUUAAACCUGCAGCUGCAAACAUUGCUGUUUUAGAGAAACUGCCAUUUUUACAUUGUGGGGUUAAGACUGCAUCUAGUGGCUGUCUUUUAGUGCGGAUGGAGAACAUCUGCUUUAGCUAUGUCUGAAGCUGAGCAAACAUCUGGGAUACAGGGACCUGAUAUGUGUCAAACCAUUCAAACACAGUUUUAGAGAUAGCCAAAUGUUGGAAAUGUUUAAUUUCGUUAAGGGGAGUCAAGUUGUGGGUCUGGACCUGGAGAUAGAAGGAAGUUGAGAAUCCAUACACUAGGUGCAGUGGUAGGCAAUCUUCGGGACUCCAGAUGUUGCGGACUACAUCUCCUAUGAUACCUUGCCAGCUGUAUGGCUGCAAGAGCAUUAUGGGAGAUGAAGUCCAAAAUAUCUGGAGUGCUGAAGGUUGGCUGCCCCUGCAAGGAAAUGACGGAGAUGGAGUGAGGGUGGGGAGGAUGUAUAGCAUUUGAUGUGAUACUGAAAAAGUUUUGCAAAAAUAUUCUAUGUACAAUACAUCACAGGUGCCAGGUCCUGAAUUCAGGACUAAAAUACUGUACUCCAUUAAACGGUACCCCUUAAGUUAAGAGUGCGCCUUCGGGCCUCCUGGCACCAUAACAACUUCAUUUAGAUGUUAUAUUCUUUGAAGUCUUACUAAAGUAAAAUCAGUGGCAAAGUCACUUAGUGGGACCCACUCUAAUUGACAGCAUAACAUGUCCUAAAAAAGAGCAACUGUUUGCACCCAACUCCUGAAACCCGUCCAGUUAAGUUUUAGUUGGGGUAUGGUGCUACAUGCCCCUGAUCUCCUGAGCUUAAUAGUCAUAUAGAGAAGAUAUUGAAUGUGUUUAUUAUAUGUAGUCAGUUUACCUUUCCAUCCUCUUGGCACUUAAAGGAACACUCAAAGCACCAUAACCACUGCAGCACACAAUUUAAAUAGUCAGACCGUUUUAGAACAGUUUGACUUCUUACCUGUGGUCCAUCAGGCGACCACUCCACUGCUGAGCUAACAAUAUAAACUACUUAUAUUGAGGGGAUGCCAGGGCACUGCUGCCACCAUAACAAUUACAGUAUGCUGUUGUGGUAUGGUGCUUGAAGUUUUCCUUUAAAUUAAGUACAUAUGAGCACUAUAAGCACCAAGGGGACUGACUACCCAGGGACAGUGAACUCUGCAGUGGAGGACAGAAUAUUUAAUGAGUCGGUUAAUUGGAAACCUCUGACCCAUGCAGCAAACAGCAGAGUAAACACAGUAUCGAUAGGGUCGUACAUCAGCUUACUGACAUUUGCACACAUUCACACAUGCUGACACGAUUAUUCACUAAAGUAAAAUUGCUGAGAAUUCAGAUUAUAGCUCGGAACAGCAUAGCUAAAAAAUAUAGCUGUAUUAGAGGUUUAUACCUUUGGCUACGGUGUCUUAAAAAGUUAAAUUCCCUUUGAAUACUCUUCACUUCACACAUUAGUAAAUAGCCUCUCCAAUCUUCUUUUCCGUCCUUCAUCAUUAGCCAAAUCUGUGAAGUACAAGCGAGGUUGGGAAGAAUGAGUUCUAAUGGAAUCUUCUUAAUUGAUAACAGAAUUUAGGAAAAAGAUUCAUUGUCCCUUUAAAUGGUAAAAAAAGAAUUGAUAUUAGAGAGAUGUUAUGUAAAUAAGCAUGCCAUUACUAAUGUUAAACAGAUGCCCAAAAGUCUAAUUUUUUAAAUUUGUGCUUAACGGCGUAUAUAGAAUGUCUGAAUGGAUUUUAGAAACGUUAACAUUCUCUACAAAAAUAAACAAAUCUAAUUCACAUUGUGUGGAAUAAAAGCAUAGAAUUAUGUAAGAAAGCUGGAAUCACAAAAAAAGUUCCAAAGUGAAACGAACAAUUGUAUGAUAAAGUAAACAUUGUUAUUCACUAAACAGUGAUUUUUAAUGAAAAACAAAUGUCCAUAAUUUCUCCAAGUAUCAAAACAGUUUUGUGGUCCUUACAUGUAUUAUGGUGCAAGGACGCCCCCUGCUUUUAUUACUAGUAUUGCUAUUGCCGAGACUUGCAUAAUCUGCUUCUACCUUGUGCCCAUUAAAAGGACACUAUUGGCACUAAGACCACCUCAGCAUUGAAUUUGUAUGGUUGGAGUGUCCCUGUUCCCCCUUAGUCCUGCAAUGUAGAACAUUGUAGUUUUAGAAGAAACUGUCUGCAAUAGUUACAUUGCAGGACAAGGACAGCAUCUAGUGGCUGUCUAUCAAACAGCCACUAGAGGCGCUUCCUGGAUGUUAAUGGACUCUAGGUCACAUAAAUGACGCUGGACGUCCUCACGCUCUGCAUGAGGACAUCCAGCAUCAGUAAAAUCCACAUACGAAUGCUUUGCAGGGCCUAAUAAGCUCACAGUGCUUACCACCCAUGUGCAAUAGACGUCCCCUCAACGUGCAAUGGAUGCCACCCUGACAUCGGAGGAGACAGAGCACCAACCCAGCACUAAGGGAAAAUCAGGUAAGUAAAUAAAGCGUUUUUACCUAUUUACAUGCCGGGGGGGCGGGGGUGGAUGGAGGAGGGGAGGAAAGGGUGCAAAGGAAGGGGGGACUAGAGGGCACUAAGUGGGGACAGUGACCCUAUAGCAUUAGGGAUACAGAUUUGUAUUCCUAAUGCUAUAGUGUUCCUUUAACGUACUUAAAUACAUCACAGAGGUACGUAUGCAUCCUCUGCCCAUACAACCAUACAGGAUUUUGAAGACCAGAUUGUUAAGAUGCUACAGAGAGCCAUUAGUCCUUAAUGAGUUAAAUAAAUCAUGUUUUAAUCGUCUGCACCUGCAGAAUGUUUUUGUAGUACAGUAGUUUUCCUACGGGGUAUAGCGCCUGAUAGUGUUUCCAUCAAACUGUUUCUGAAAUCAGAACAGGGGUCAAGAGUCUUCCUUCUAACAAGAGGCUUCCUUUGAGAUUUGCCAAUAGACAGUUCUUCAAGCUUUGGUAAAUAAUAAAAAGCUGCAGACACAGCCAAGAUAUACACAAGCUGUGAUAAUAUUUAUUUAUUUUUAGGGUCGAUGAUUCAUUUCUUUCCCUGCAAUUAAGGAUAGGGAACUUACGGUUUUGUUUUCGAUCUUAUUAUUUGAUCUUCUCGAAUUUUCAUAUCUAUGCAUGACAUGUGAUGGCCCUGACUAGUCAAAGUACUAUUAUCUAAGCAAUAUUUUGCUCCGUAAUUGAAUGUUGCUCCUUUUGAAAAACAGAAAUAUUAAGCUGGUGGGACAAGCAGCUGGUGGGAAAACCACAUUGCGGGACACCGUGACCACCAUUCUCAUCUUAUGAAAUAAGCAUCAGCCCCAAAAAUAAUGCACAGUUUUUGGGUAAGAAAUCAAAUUGUCAUCAAACCACAUCAGUGUUAGAUAUCAAAGUGAGGCUAGUUCCUACUUAGUGCUAAUCCAUUUCAAAGGGUAGAGCAAGUCCCUAUCCAAAUCUCCGCAGAAAAUGUGAAGACAGAUCUGUCACUAAUUGAUUAAGUACUCAUCUGGAUUUUUCAACAACAUCUGAAGUCUACUGGUCCGGUCUGCUUAGUGUUCUUCUAAGGCCAAUCCAGUGAAUGUUCCUACUCAUUUAGUUAGAAAAUACACUAUGGCAGGACAUUAAUAGUAGACAUGUGCAAUUUGUUUCGUUCCAAAUGUACAUUUGGACAAAUUUCAUGCAAUUCAGACAUUUGGAUGCUUACGAAUGUCCGAAGUGCGAAUUGACGAAUUUCCAAAGUGCUUUGGAUUUCUGAAAAGUGGCAAAACAAGAGAGGGAGGGAAAAUUACAUAAAUGAUGACAGGAAUCUUGACCAAUAAGCUAAUUCCUGGCACUGGGAGCCCUAUAGAUGUGUAAGUGGUUGCGGUGGCAGUCCGAGCACUGGGAGCACUAUAGAUGUGUAGGUGGUUGUGAUGGUCAGUGUUAGGGAGUCCUACAGAUGUGUAAGUGGUUUUGGUGGAAGUCCAGUCACUGGGAGCCCUAUAGAUGUGUAAGUGGUUGUGGUGGUUAGGGUUAGGGCUAGGGAGCCCUACAGAUGUGUAAGUGGUUGUGGUGGCAGUCCGGAAGCUGGGAGCCCUAUAGAUGUGUAAGUGGUUGUGGUGGUUAGGGGUUAGGGAGCCCUACAGAUGUGUAAGUGGUUGUGGUGGUUAGGGUUAGGGCUAGGGAGCCCUACAGAUGUGUAAGUGGUUGUGGUGGCAGUCCGGAAGCUGGGAGCCCUAUAGAUGUGUAAGUGGGUGUGGUGGUUAGGGGUUAGGGAGCCCUACAGAUGUGUAAGUGGUUGUGGUGGCAGAGUGCUUUGAUUUUCUGAAAAGUGGCAAAACAAUAAAGGGAUGCUUACGAAUGUCUGAAUUGCGAAGUUCCAAAUUGCCAAAGUUCAGAAUUGUUGAAGUCCCGAAUUGCCGAAGUUCCGAAUUUCGGAAGUGCCAAACCGAACCGAAUGCCAUUGGUCUGGAUUGCCGAAGCAGACUAAUUUUUUUUACUUGCUGUAUCUCUCGUGCAGAGAGAACUUGCUGGCAUUUCGGAUCUGGACUGCCCGUAUGGGUGGGACAAGUCUGAUAUGCUUCAGAUAUGUUCUCUCUGUAAUGGCACAAGAUGAGCUAAAACCAGCUUGAGUUCUGAGCGGGGACCCAUCGAAUGGCAGGCUAUUUUACCUCCUGUCCGAUCUCAGAAUACUCUUGCGACCCAUUUUUUGCUCUCCAUUAGUUUUAAGGGUAAUCCAGACGUGGACCCCUUGCUCACAGUGCCUAGAGAGAUAUCAGCUAUGCCUCACUGAUGAUGCCUAACAAGGCUGAAACGAUCGUCUGGGGUUGCUGUAUCUCUUGUGCAGAGAGAACUUGCUGGCAUUUUGGAUCUCGACUGCCCGUAUGGGUGGGACCAGUCUGAUAUGCUUCAGAUAUGUUCUCUCUGUAAUGGCACAAGAUGAGCUAAAACCAGCUUGAGUUCUGAGCGGGGACCCACCGAAGGGCAGGCUAUUUUAGCUGCUGUCCGUUCUCAGAAUACUCUUGCGACCCAUUUUUUGCUAAUUUUUUUUACUUACCCGAAUUUCCGAACCGAACCUAUUUUUUUGCCCGUGCACAUCCCUAAUAAAUAGCUGUAGAUCUUGAAGUUCAGAAGGUUCCACAUUGAGUUACUUUUACAGUGUCCAAAAAGUCUCUGUAGGACCCCGGGUAACCCGACUUAUCUCCAAAAAUUCCUUCUCUCAGCCAGACUGGAACCAUUAAAUCAUACAGAUAUCCAUUCCCCCAGUAACCAGACGAAGCAUAAUUCUGUGAGUCAACUGAUUUAUUUCAGGCCACACACUACUUUUAUGCACAGUCCCCUACAAGGGGUCUAUAACACAAUAAUACAGAGUUUUUCAUUCCCAGGAUCCUUUGUGCCUGAGAGAUAAUUGCGUGAGAAAAACAUAUAAUUCAAUUAUCUCUCAGGUACAAAAAAUCUAUACAAAAUAUACAGUACCCCAAAAGUACCCCCACCAUAACCAGGAACCCCACAAAGUUAUAUCCAAAUAUAACAUAUCCAAAUACCACCCAGAUCGUUAUUUGGAUAUGUUAUAUUUGGAUAUAACUUUGUGGGGUUCCUGUUCGAACGCCAUGCAAUCAGUGGCGUCACUGGGUGGGGGGCAUGCCCCCCCCCCUACAUCAUGCUGUCCUCCCCCUUGGGCCCCCCAAAUGCCGGCAACUUGCUGUCCAUGUGUUUAAAUUAUAUUCCCUCAGACUGUAACAGUCUGUGACAACCCGAGGGAAUGCAGGUCAGAGCAGCUGGAGCACUGGGUGCUGUCUGUGGCCGGAGGGAGCACUGACUGGCUCCCCGGCACAGGCCCUGCCCCCAAACAAAGCCCCACCUCCCACACAUAAGAACCUGCCCCCACCGUUAAGCAGCAGACCGUGCGGCUGCUGGAAAGGCCAGAAGAUGGCUGUCUGACCCCCAGCAACAGCCUCCAGUGACAGGUAGACUUGAUAUGUAUGUGUGUCUGCUAGUGAGAAAGCUUGUGUGUAUAGACUCAGCAGUCUGUGUGUGUAUGGACUCAGCAGUCUGUGUGUGUGUGUAUGGACUCAGCAGUCUGUGUGUCUGUAUAUGGACUCAGCAGUCUGUGUGUGUGUGUGUGUGUGUGUGUGUAUGGACUCAGCAGUAUGUGUGUAUGUGUGUGUGUGUGUGUGUGUAUGGACUCAGCAGUCUGUGUGUCUGUGUGUGUGUGUGUGUGUAUAGACUCAGCAGUCUGUGUGUUUGUGUAUGGACUCAGCAGUCUGUGUGUGUGUGUAUGGAUUUAGCAGUCUGUGUGUGUAUGGACUCAGCUGUGUGUGUGUGUGUGUGUAUGGACUCAGCAGUCUGUGUGUGUGUGUGUGUGGUAGUCUGUGUGUCUGUGUGUGUGUGUGUGUGUGUGUGUAUGGACUCAGCAGUAUGUGUGUGGACUCAGCAGUCUGUGUGUGUGUGUGUGUGUGUGUGUGUGUCAGCAGUCUGUGUGUGCAUGUGUGUAUGGACUCAGCAGUCUGUGUGUGUGUAUGGACUCAGCAGUCUGUGUGUGUGUAUGGACUCAGCAUUCUGUGUGUGUAUGACUCAGCAGUCUGUGUGUGUAUGGACUCAGCAGUGUGUGUGUGUAUGGACUCAGCAGUCUGUAUGUGUGUGUAUGGACUCAGCAGUAUGUGUGUAUGUGUGUGUAUGGACUCAGCAGUCUGUGUGUAUGGACUCAGUGUGUGUGUGGACUCAGUCUGUAUGUCUGUGUGUGUGUGUGUGUGUAUGGACUCAGCAGUGUGUGUGUAUGGACUCAGCAGUCUGUGUGUAAGUGUAUAAAUCAGCCUGUGUGCAUUCAGCAAUGCCUGUGUGCAUUCAGGAGUCUGUGUGCAUUCAGAAAUCUGUGUGUGUAUUCAGCAGUCUCUGGUGUUGUAUUCAGUGUACUGUGUGUAUGUACUCAGCAGUCUAUCAAUAAUUACAAAUUUUAUUCCUGUGAGUUGUUGUGUAGGAAGGGCCCCAGUGCACUGCUUUGCCCGGGGCCCUUAACACUGUUAAGAUGGUACUGCUUGUGUGUGUCAGUGAGCUUCUAUUUAGUGAGCAUGUGUGUGUCAGUGAGCUUGUCUUUAGUGAGCUUGUGUGUGUCCCUGAACUUCUUUGUAGUGAGCCUUGUGUUUAUACAAGUGAGUUUGUCUGUAGUAAGCUUGUGUGUGUCAGAGAGUUUUUUGUCUGUAAUUGAGCCUGUUUGCGCAUGUCAGUGAGCUUGUGUGUUCACUGUACAAUAUAUAUAUAUAUAUAUAUAUAUAUAUAGACUUCUAGAAAUGGCAUACAUUUUUUUCCAGGGUGCUUUGGAUUCCCAGCUCUGCCAGCGAGUGCGCUUUACCGCUGAAUCAUCUGUGUGAGCUACUGCACACUUUACCCUGUUACACGCGUCUGGGAGCUGCUGUUGACUGGUACAAGUAGUCUAGAGAUUGGGACAUGGGGUAUAUGCUCAGCUAUCUGGAUAAUACUAUAGUGCUGUUCUCUGUAUAAUACAGUUCUGUGUGUGUAUAAUAUCCCGGGAUGGUCAGUGCUUCCUGUAUAGUGCUGCUCUUUGUAUUAUACAGGUCUGUGUCUGUAUAAUAUCCUGGGACAAUCAGUGUUCCCUGUAUAGUGCUGCUCUCUGUCUUGGGAUAUUAUACACAAACUGUCACUAGUCUAAUACUAUCCUUACCUUUUUGUGUCAUUUUGCCCCACUCCCUCUAGCAUGUAAGCUCAUUGAGCAGGGCCCUCAACCACUCUGUUCCUGUGUGUCCAACUUGUCUGGUUACAACGUUCGUCCACCCAUUGUAAAGUGCUGCGGAAUUUGACGGCGCUCUAUAAAUAUCAUAAUAAUAAUAACAAAUAGACCUGUAUUAUACAGAGAGCAGCACUAUACAGGGAGCACGGACUGUCCCGGGGUAUUAUACACACAGCCAUGUAUUAUACUGAGAGCAGCACUGUACAGGGAGCGCUGACUGUCCCAAUUUAUUAUACACACAACCCUGUAUUAUACACUGACUGUCCAGGUAUAUUAUACACAGACAGUAAUUGAUAGCUGUGCUGCAAAAUGUCCUUGGAAUUUUUUUUCAAAUGGCAAGUAUAGCACUGUAUCAAGGGAAAUGUGUUUGUUUUUUAAUUAUCCCUGGUGGAAAAUAAUGAAUCCUCCACCAGGGAUUAUUAAAAAAAAAAAAAACACAUUGUGUCAGGGGCGGGGCAUAACAUGCGGCAGGGGCGAGGUCAAACUGUAGCAAUGGCGGGGAUAAAUGUGCCCCCUACUUUUGUCCCCGGCCCACCAUGUGCCCCCCAUAAAAAUGAAUCCUAGAGACGCCACUGCAUGCAAUGGAUUCUCUUAAUUUCAAGGUACAAAUACUCGCAUAGUUGCACGGGAAGUAGAACAGGCAGCGGUCUAAUCUUUACCAGGGCUCGUUCGAGUGCCUAGCUGUAAAGAGUUCCAGGAACUCAACGACCAAGUUCCACUGCCCACGUUCAGAAGACAAAAUGGCCGCCACUGCUUUGUCGAAAAUGUGCAUUCGGUUAUACGAAAUGGCGGCCACCCAGGGGAAACAUUCAUUAAUUACUUCCUUUGCGGUUUUGGACUUAAGUUGCUGGUGUGAAUGUUCGAAUGGGGUACAGGGGUGGUCCUCAUUCGGGAGACGAAUGGAAGGUGUUUGUAUACCAUAACUCCCUAACAGAAAAAGGCAAAACACUUAAAAUUGGGCAAAACAGAUGGAAAUGGCAGUAGGUUCCGCCACAGUCUCACUCAAAUAUAGUCAUUGCUGUUGAAAAAGUGUUUCCUAUGCUACUAGUUAAGCGGGAUCUGGCCAGUUUAUGUGAUGUAUUUUGAAAAUACUUUAGAGGUGUACUAUGUUUAGUUUGCUAUUGGCUUGCAUUUUACCACAGCUUACCUAUCAGCAAUGCAGUUUUUUUUUGUGGUCUGGCUUGGACAGACAAAUACCAUACAAUAAACUAGUCAGAUCCUCUUUCAUCCUUUACUAAGUGAUUCAUUCUCCCUUCACAAUCUGUACCAGGCCCUUCAAAAGCCAGAAGUCAGUAUGGGACUCUGUGUUCCAAAUGUCCAGUUAUCUUGAAGAUUGUGAGUAAUCUUCAGUCAUGAGUAAUGACCGAGUACUCUCGAUUUUUUCGAGAAAUCUGGCAUGAAAGGACCUGUCUUAGCGGAUUCCAAGUAAGUCAAGUCUAAUUUGCAUUUAUAUGAGUUCCACGGGAAAAAAAAUGCAUUUUAAAAAUCACAUACUACAGGCUACUGUAGGUCUUUAGAGUCUUUAACAUCUGUAGCUGGACUGUCUAUGCCUGGAGAUAUUUUGUUGAUACCCAAACCGAUCACAAGAACAAAGGACAUGAAGAGGCCCAACUUUUGCGUGAAGAUAAAUUAACAUACUGUGUUGUUUUUCCAUUUGUUUUAAACAGUUAUUUGUUACAGUAAGGCCAAAAUAGCAGAACUGUAAAAAUUCUCCAAGCUACCUAUGCAUCCAGCUCGGCUACUUCGGCCUAACAUUUGAAAUUUACUUAGAAUUUUCGAUUUAGUAAAUAAUCCCAUUAGUAUUAUUACAGUUAUGCUCAUCCUCUCUUCUCUCCUCCCUCUAAGUGAACCGGCAAGGUUCCAUUAUUUUCAAUAAAUAUGAUCUAAAGCACAAAGCUUCUUGCCGGCUGUCAAACUAUUUUUAUCAUGUAUACACUACUAAAUAGCAGAUCCAAAAUUGCACUAUGGGUGAAUGGUCGUCGUUUCCCUCUCCUGUUAGUGAUAUGCUGGGAGAUAAGCUGGGUACAGUAAAUCACGCUCGCAGGGUCUCUCCAGCUCUUCUCCCAAAUCAUUAGUAAUGCAAAUAAUAGCUGCUAGAGGUCAAUACAGACAGCAGUAAAUACAUUGAUAAUUGAUAUAUUAUAUAUUUAUUCAAUAUUUAAUAUAUAUAAAUAGUUGUUUUUUACCGUUCUCCCUCUUUUUCCCACUAUUGAUUACUUCUUCCCAGUUGUCUGUGAACUAAAUGGUGAGACAAUGUGUCCGUCUCUAUACUGUAAAAUAUGUACAUAAUAUAUAGUAUAAUAAUAAUAAUAAUAAUAAAUUAUAUAUGAUAAUAUAAAUAAUGUUUGCCUCAAUUUUAUCAUUCGGAUUUAAAUUCACUACAAUUUGGAGUUUAGUGAUUAACCCCCAUAUUGUCCUGCAGAUACGAGAUCUUUCUUGAAGGCAGGAUAUUAAAUUGUUUGCGUUAGUUUAGUUAACAAACUUUUAUAAAACCUGGGGGACAUGUCUUUAUUCACUUUGCUGCAAAUAUCUCCUUAAAAAUCAUACGACCAGUUAAAAGAAAACACUUUUCGGUAAGGAAUUAACGGCCCGAUGUAUAUAAAUGGUUGCGUGGUCACAAAUGUAUAUUUUAUCUUUGUGCAACAGUACAAAGAUAUGUUCUUGUAUUUGUGUUAUGUAAUAACUCCUUCCUGUGUCUGAUAUCUUAUAUUAACAUUGUAACAUUCUAAAUGUUCCCCACUGAAAAAGCUAAUACAAUUAUCUCUAAAAUCAAUAAAGAUAAAAAAAAAAAAAAAGGUUAAAACCAUGUCUUGGAGAGCUCUUUGGUUGGACAUUUGAAUUUACUUACCUUCUAGCCUUUGUAAUCCUGCUCUCCUCACUGCCGGUCCAGCUUUCUUGAUAAUUUCACCCAGUCCAAUGCACAGUGAAGCUUCUGGCGGCUAAUGUGCAUGCACAGGAAAUCGACAUGCUGCGCCAAUCAAAUGCUGCUCUAAGGCCAGCAUUUGAUUAAGAACCAAUUUUGACUAAAGUUCUCAAAGUGGAAGCGUCUCUAGCCGCUGUCAGGAAAACAGCCACUUGGGGUGUGUUUAACCUCACAAUGGAAACAUCACCAUUUCUAUAAAAUGGCAAUGUUUUACAUCUCAGGAUUAAAAUGAAAGAGCUCCUGAAACCAGACCACUUUAUUAAAGGUCUUUAGUGGACCUUUAUGUAAAGAGUGAGACUAGAGUGUUUUUAUGCAUAUUUAAUAACUACUGAUGUCAAGACUUAUCUGUAUUUUUUUUAAAAUAACCAAUGAGUAAUGAUGUCAUCAGCAGAUCACAGAUACUACGCAGACUACUAGUGUUUGGAAUUGACCGUAAUAACAUAUGAUGAAAGAAUUGCAAUGCCAAAACUAGGCUGUAAUUGUCUGUCUUUAAACCAACACCUAAUUGGCCAUUUGGGUCUGAUUGAUAAAAUGGGAACUCUGGUAGUCGCUUAUUAGAGUAUAUCUGCAAAUAACAGGAUUUGGAUAGCAACAAAUACACAGUCCACAGACAUAAUCUUGAAAAUAGUGAUAUUUGGGUGCUUCCUAAAGAGGAAAACUUUGUUGCAGAGUUAUGGGUUAACAUAACUUUUUUAAUUCAAUUGUUUCUUUUUUGUUUAGGUCUUACCAGCAUUCCCAAGAACCUUCCUAAGGACACCACACUUUUGGAUUUGCAGAACAACAAAAUUACAGAAAUUAAAAAAGAUGAUUUCAAGGGGCUUAGCAAAUUAUAUGUAAGAACUGCUUAAUUUACUCUAUUUAACCCCUUCAACCUGAGGAUUGGCAAAUCCCUUAAUAUCAUGACCGUGCAGACAUGUCAUUUGGUAUAAAUGUGCUAGGAAAGCUACAUUUCCCAGAAAAACAGGAGUAUGAAUAUUAAAUAAAAACAUUAACACCAUUACCAUGGCAACUACUUCCAGAUUACCUAGAUUAUGUACUCCUUCUCACCAGGCCAGCAGUCAACUUGCAGUCAUUAGACGUUUUAUUAAUUUUUUUGUCAUUAAACGUGGGCAGGUUUUUCAUAAAAUUAUGGGGUAAAAGUCCUUGUUAUUCCAUGGAGACAAGGUAUUAGCUUACAAAGGAAUUGGCUUGUUUCUAUAUUUGAUAUUUCAUAGCAUAGUCAUCCUUUUGAACACUAUUAAUACUAACAUCCCAAGUGUCCCUAUUUAGGAGGGACAGUCCCAAUGUUGGGUCCAAAUCUCUCUCUCCCUCUUUUCUGUUCUAAUGUCACUGUUUACUAGGCGCUUCAUAUUGCUUAUGUUUCUGAGUGUUUCAAAGAGCUCCACAGCAAUAAGACUUACAGCAAUGUGUCUUUAACCAUUUUACAAUAUUUUAUUUUUAUAUAGAUAUAUAAUUUUGCCAAGUGGCAAAUAGAAAGGUAUGUAAAUCCACUUGACCUCUGUCAACUGAACCGGCUAAUGUGGGCUGCCAUUUUGAAAAAAAAUGUUUUUAGGCACUGUGCAAAAUCAACUUAAUUUUCCCAUAAUUCCACCUGUUCUUGAAUGCCGUGUUAACUCAGUAAACCUUGUACUUAUUGGCUUCAGUGGGGAUUCAGCUUGGAGUUAGAGAUGUGGAUUUAAAAGCUGAUGGAAGCCAUUUUUGCUCUAUAUUUGUAUCCAGCUUAGAACUUCAGUGCAUCUAUACCAUGUUUUUUCACUUCUCGCCUUAUGAAUGUCUGCAGAUUUACAAUUCAUAUUUAAAAAAAAAAAUGUUUCCUGUCAUCGUUCAUGAUCCUACAACUUCAGGUCAUCGAGUUGACUUGUUUUUGUGGUUACCUUUCCCUCUACAUUUUUAUUGAGAUACCCUUGGCACUCUCAUCAGAUCUGUAUAAUUUACAGUUUUUUGUUGUGGUUUUAUUUAUUAAAUUACUUAUUUCUUGAAAAUUUUAUUUACUUUAAAAAAAUAAUAAUAAUAAGAUCAACUUUCCAAAUGCUCUGCUUCACAUUCUGAAGCAUUCCCGCUCUCAAUAAUACCACUGUCCGUAGGACUGUGACUUACAAAGGUCUCGAAUAAAUAAGCUUUGAUUCAAAAAUGUAAAAAAAAAUUACAAAUGAUCUACAAAAAUUCCUAUAGACUUCACCGGUGACUUCUGUAGAUAAUUCACUUGAAAACUUUCUCAACUGCAUUAAAUCAUUUGGAAAGCUUAUUAAAGGACCACUCUAGGUACCCAGACCACUUCAGCUUAAUGAGGUGGUCUGGGUGCCUGGUCCAGCUAGGGUUAACCCAUUUUUUCAUAAACAUAGCAGUUUCAGAGAAACUGCUAUGUUUAUGAAUGGGUUAAGCCUUCCCCUAUUUCUUCUAGCGGCUGUCUCAUUGACAGCCGCUAGAGGCACUUGCGUGCUUCUCACUGUGAUUAUGAAUGCUUUCCUAUGUGACCAGCUGAAUGUGCGCGCAGCUCUUGCCGCGCGUGCGCAUUCAGCCGACGGGGAGGAUCGGACGAGGAGAGCUCUCCGCCCAGCGCUGGAAAAAGGUAAGUUUUUACCCCUUUCCCCCUUCCAGAGCCGGGCGGGAGGAAGACCCUGAGGGUGGGGGCACCCUCAGGGCACUAUAGUGCCAGGAAAACGAGUAUGUUUUCCUGGCACUAUAGUGGUCCUUUAAAUCAAGGCCAUUGUUACAUGAUCCAAAAGAAAGCAACAAAGGCAAAUUUGAGGUGACGGUCAAUUAUUCAACAAAAGGGUAAAAAUAAAUAAAUAAUUCUUUACUGAUUAUGACAUAAAUCCUAGAGGAUUAUUAUAUAUAAUAUCUUGUUUAAUUUUAUGUUUUUGUGUUUUCUACCAUAAAUUAGGCCCUGGUUUUAGUAAACAACAAAAUCUCCAAGAUAAACGACAAGGCAUUUGAGCCACUGCACAAUCUGCAAAAGCUGUACAUUUCAAAAAACAACCUGGAAGAGAUACCCCGGAACUUGCCAAACUCCCUGGUGGAACUGCGCAUCCAUGAAAAUAAAAUCAAGAAGGUUUCUAAGGAGGUCUUCAAUGGACUUAAAAACAUGAACUGCAUUGGUAAGUCUAUAGUUAGAGACCUACAAAAGGGGUACAUUUAUUUUAUCUGAUGAUUUCUAAAUUGUGGGGAAGCUGAAUUUGAUUAUGGUGAAGUUUCUAAACGGAGCCUUUCGGCAAGACAUCAACGAGACUAGAGUAACACACCGAAUACAUCAGGAAUGCAGCAGGAAUUCAGCGCUAAUCAACACACAAUAUAUGCAGAAUGGGUAGCAACCAUCAUAACCAUCUACAGCCUGCUGUUUAACUGUUUGCCCCCUUACCUGGUCCAGUGACACUAUUUUGGCUUCUGCAGAACCACAGAAGCCUGAAGUCACUGCUGUCACCAUUCAUUGGCUGAAAGUAAAAGUUACCAUGAUCCCAAUGACACUGCCGGAGGUGGAGAUACACCUCUAGCAACAGAGGGGUUAAACUCUGCACAUGCAGCAUUUUUAAGUGAAACUCUGCACAUACAGACUCCAGGCACCAUGGAAAGUUGGUGCUUAAAAUAACCCUUUCAGUACGUACAACACUGCAGUUAAUAAGCACACUCAAAAUGUGCUCAUAUUGCUCUUUAUUUUUGUUUUUAGGAGUGCAAAUUUUGUAGUAAAGGCAUAGGCGUGUGCAGCCUAUUGCAUUAGGGUGUGCACCCUAAAGCACAAACACACGCGUGUAUAUUUAUGCAUGUAUAUAUAUAUACACACACACACAUACAUACACUGCUGUGUGUGUGUGCUGUUAGUGUGCCAUGUGAGAGUGGUGUGAGGGUGCUGUGUGUGUAAGGGUGGUGUGUGUGUGUGUGUGUGUGUAAGGGUGCUGUGUGUGAGGGUGCUGUUAGUGUGAUGUGUGUGUGAGGGUGCUGGUAGUGUGUUAUGUGGGCGAGGGUGUUUGUGUGUGUUUGUGAGGGUGCUGUUAGUGUGCUGUGUGUGAAGGUGCUGUUUGUGUAUGAGGGUACUGUUUGUUUGCUGUGUGUGAGGGUGCUGGUAGUGUGCUGUGUGUGUGAGGGUGUUUGUGUUUGUUAGGGUCCUGUUAGUGUGCUGUGUGAGGGUGCUGUGUGUGAGGGUGCUGUUUGUGUGAUGCGUAUGUGUGAAGGUGCUGUGUGUGUGAGUGUGCUGUUUGUGUGCUGUGUGUGUGAGGGUGCUGUGUGUGUGUAAGGGUGCUGUGUGUGUGUGUUUGUGAGGGUGCUGUUAGUGUACUGUGUGUGUGAGAGUGCUGUAUGUGUGUAGGUGCUGUUUGUGUGCUGUAUGUGAGUGGGUGCUGUGUGUGGGGGCACUGUUUGUGUGCUGUGUGUGUGAGGGUGCUGUUUGUGUGGUGUGUGUGAGGGUGCUGUAUGUGUGAGGGUGCUGUGUGUGUGUGUGUGAGGGUGCUGUGUGUGUGAGGGUGCUGUAUUUGUGUAGGUGCUGUGUGUGUGUGUGGGUGUUGUUUGUGUGCUGUGUGAGGGUGCUGUAUGUGUGUGUGUGCUGUAUGUUUGGAGGGAUUGUGUGGGUGGAGGUGGGGCAGAUUAGUAAAUAUCCCCCCUCCCUUCUUACCUUAUGUAGGGAGGGGGGAUCCUUACUGCCAUGUGCCAUCCCUGGUGGUCCAGUGGACAGUGAACUCUAGCCAACGCUCAGGUCUCGCAAGAGGAACCCGGCGGAGCUGCUAGCUAGAGCUCCCCGGGUCCUCUCCUGCCUCCCUCCAUGCUGCUGUUGGCCGAUGAGGUAGAUCUUUGAUCUCCCCACCGGCCCAUGGAGGCUUAGAGCAGAGCUGUCACUCAGAUAGCGUGGGCUCUGCAUGAGCCGACAAGGGAGAUCCUGAGAUCUCCCCUGCCGGUCUCAAUAUACAUAGGCGUGCCGCGAGGAUUAGGGUGUGCCCAGGCACACUCGGCACACCCCGUGUGCAUGCCUAUGAGUAAAGGUCUAGGUUUUAUGAAUAAAUGCCAUAUACUCAUUCAUCUAUAUCAUGUGUCGGAAAAAGCAUAAUGAGACGACAUUGAUGUGAGUGGAUUUAGGUCAUACAUGGGUGGUAUUUGGAGGAAAAGCAGGGAAGUAGCAGACAUUUGUUUUAUGUGUGUGAUUAUACAGUUAGCAGAUAUUAGAUUGCUGUGGUGUUAGCCUCACAGACCUCAAAUUGAGUAGCUCAUUAAGUCUAAAUGCUAAGUAUUUUGAAUAUAGAUAAUUUCUCAACCUUCUUCAUAAACUCAAUAUCAGUUAUAUAUACUAUACAGUUUAUUUGAUAUAAAAAAAAAUACAGAUGUUCCAAAAAAAGUAUUUGAUCCCCUGCUGAUUUUGAACGUUUGUCCCCUGACAAAGAAAUGAUCAGUCUAUAAUUUUAAUGGUAGGUGUAUUUUAACAGUGAAAGAUUUUUAACAGUGAGUGAAUAAUAAAAAAAAUAUAUCCAGAAAAACAUAUGUCAAAAAAGUUAUAAAUUGAUUUGCAUGUCAAUAAGUAUUUGAUCCCCUAUCAAUCAGCAAGAUUUCUGGCUCCCAGGUGUCUUUUAUACAGGUAACGAGCUGAGAUUAGGAGCACUCUCUUAAAGGGAGUGCUCCUAAUCUCAGCGUGUUACCUGUAUAAAAGACACCUGUCCACAGAAGCAAUCAAUCAAUUAGAUUCCAAACUGUCCACCAUUGCCAAGACCAAAGAGCUGUCCAAUGAUGUCAGGGACAAGAUUGUAGACCUACACAAGGCUGGAAUGGGCUACAAGACCAUCACCAAGCAGCUUGGUGAGAAGGUGACAACAGUUGGUGGGAUUAUUCACAAAUAGAAGAAACACAAAAUAACUGUCAGUCUCCCUUGUUUCAAUGAUCAUGAGAAUGGUGAGGAAUCAGCCCAGAACUACACGGGAGGAUCUUGUUAAUGAUCUCAAGGCAGCUGGGACCAUAGUCACCAAAAACAAAAUUGGUAACACACUACGCAGUGAAGGACUGAAAUCCUGCAGUGCCCGCAAUGUCCCCCUGCUCAAGAAAGCACAUGUACAGGCCAUCUGAAGUUUGACAAUAAACAUCUGAAUGAUUCAGAGGAUAACUGUGUGAAAGUGUUGUGGUCAGGUGAAACCAAAAUCAAGUUUUUUGGCAACAACUCAACUUGCCGUGUCUAGAGAAGGAGGAAACAUGGAGAUGGAAACAUUAUGCUUUGGGGGUGUUUUUCUGCUAAGAUGACAGGACAACUGCACUGCAUUAAAGUGACGAUGGACGGGGCCAUGUACUGUCAAAUCUUGGGUGAGAACCUUCUUCCCUCAGCCAGGGCAUUGAAAAUGGGUUGUGUAUGGGUAUUCCAGCAUGACAAUGACCCAAAACACACAGCCAAGGCAACAAAGGAGUGGCUCAAGAAGAAGCACAGUAAGGUUCUGGAGUGGCCUAGUCAGUCUUCAGACCUUAAUCCCAUAGAAAAUCGGUGGAGGGAGCUGACAAUUCGUGUUGCCAAAUGUCAGCCUCGAAAGCUUAAUGACUUGGGGAGGAUAUGCAAAGAAGAGUGGGACAAAAUCUCUCCUGAGAUGUGUGCAAACCUAGUGGUCAACUACAAGAAACGUCUGACCUCCGUGAUUGCCAACAAGGGUUUUGCCACUAAGUACUAAGUCAAAGGGGUCAUAUACUUAUUUCACUCAUUGACAUGAAAAUCAAUUUAUAACUUUUUUGACAUGUAUUUUUCUGGAUUUUUUUGUUAUUCUGUCUCUCACUGUUAAAAUACACCUAUCAAUAAAAUGAUAGACUAAUCAUUUAUUUGUCAGUGAGCAAAUGUUCAAAAUCAGCAGGGGAUCAAAUACUUUUUUCCCUCCCUGUACAUCACACUACACAUUACUGUACAUCACUCAAAUAACAUCAUUGCAUUCACCAGGCAUUUAACCACCUCCUUUACUAUAUUUGAUGCCCACAUUCCUUAGCAAUUAACCCCUCAUACCCAGCAGUGUAUUUUGGUUUUGUGCUGCCCUAAGCAUGACAAAACUCGGUCCCACCCAUCUAAUUUUUGUUUUUCUUUUAAAAAACAACACACUCUUUGCCUGACAGACACAUACCCUCACUGAUGCAUACACUAACAUAUACUCAUUGACAUGUACUCCCUAACUUUGGGAGUGCUGGCAUGUUGUCUCUAUUUUCCUUGGGUCCAGCGGGGCUGUUGGGCUGAGUGGCUGAGCGUGCGGUCAAUGCAGGCGUGCGAGGUAGCCCUGAUUGUCCAGCUCAGCUCCCUCGCGCGCCUUAGUGAUGCCAGGGCCGGAGUGACAUCAUAUCCCGGCUCCGGCAUCAAUGCAAGGUGGUGCUCCCUCGUCACCCGACUAAUACAUGAGUUGAUGCCAGCCUCGGGGUACUAAGGUGGCCAGCUAGCCAGCUCCUGGGCCCCCAAGAGAAGAGGCUGACAUGGCAUCUGCCAGGGCAUUUGGGGGGCAGCUUUUUUUGCCGCUCCCAGAAAAAUCUGCCCAAGGCAAAUGCCUUGUCAGCCUCACGCUAAAUACAAUGCUGCUCAUACCCCAAAUUGUAAUUUACUUUCUCAUGCAAACUAAGCCUACCUUUACACCAAUGGGGAAGCAAAGAAGCAAUGUGCAGAGGGUUAAUGGACUCAUCCCCAUUUCACCAUUCACAAGCGGCAAUGAAAGUUUGAUUUUGAAGGCUUGUCCCACAUGACUGGCAAACAUUGUAAAGUGUCCUUCCUUAGUUGAGCGAGGGAGCGUCGGUCUUUACCCCAAAAGGCUCGUAGAGAACACAUACCCCAAUAUCAUUCCCUCUGAAUCCACCAGUGCUUAAGAGAUCUAGGCCUUGAUUUAAUAUUUUUAAUAAGCUUUUUAAACAAUGUAAUUAUCUUGGAUAAACUUUUUAAAUUUGGGACUUUUUUUGUAGAUUAAUCUUUUGAAAAGGUUAUCCAAAAAUAUUAAAUCUAGGCCUUUAUGUUCUGUCUGAAACACUGUAGAUGUUUUGAUGUUUUGAGUUACUGUACACACAUUACUCCCACCCUAUCAUACCCUUUCCUGUCCACUCUUCUUUUCAAUCCCACCUACCAAGACUCCAUCACUCUUCGAGCAACCCUACAGCGCCAAUAUAGGCCAGUGAUCCUUCAGGAAGCCUAGAUCUUUUUUUGUGGAUUUUAAAACUGUUCCAGAAACGUGAUACAGGCCAGGUCUCAUGUCUACGGUGGUUAUGUGUCUUGGGACUUUGAACCAGAUGCUUUACAGCAAGACAAAAAUGUAGAGUAGAGUAAAGAAAACAGAUGGAGCAAUGUCAUAGUGACUUACCAUUGGUACGUAUAAUUUAUUGCAACAAGAUGGGUUUCAGACAUAACCUGCAUAUAGAUUUAUUAGAGAUUUCUGGAAAAGUACACAUUCAAAGGAUGGGAGAAAAAGCAAAGCUGGUUCCAAGAAUACGAGAGCCAUAAUAUGGAAUAUCCUGUAAGUGGAAACCUCCGUUAAACAGAAAAUGAUACUAAAAUAUCAGGGACUUUAAUGAGAUCCAAAUGUGAUUAUGUAAAAUACGGGAAAUCCUCUUUAAAUGUGAUAACUUUCCAAUCGCUGGUUUUACAAACAAGCGUUGCAGAAUCUAUUAAAUAAGGAGAAAUCAGCUGCAGAUGAGACAGAUGUGUAAUGAUUCCAUUCUGGAUAUUUUAGAACUUCUAUUAUCACUUUUAUUAACUCCCAUUGGUCCUGGAUUUGUCAGCGUUAUUCUCUCCUGCACCUUCAAGCUUAUACAUUUGUAAAAAAAAUUGCGUUUUAAAUGUCACUGACAAUUAAUGUGAUACAGAAUGAUGCACUGGUCAAUUGACCACAGCAUCAUAGUGACAAAACUGGGAAAAAGGUAAGAUGUUGCCACCCUGGUCUCCUGUUCCCCUAGUGUUUAUAGCCGUAUUGAGUAUAGCUCAGUGAUUAUAGCUCAUAUUGCUGUUUCACCCAAGACUUAGUGAAGGGUGAAGAAGAUCUGGUUUAUUGGGGACAAAUGGCACUCUUUUAUACUUAGGAUCCAAACAGGGGGUCACCAGGAAAACAAUAGGCGCUGCACAACAUCUGGCACCCAGAUGUCUGUGCCUGACCAGGUAAUUCUAUUAUCAGCCAGACACCUCAGUGCCUACAAAAUCAUCAUGUUAAAAGCAGGGUUCCUGUGCCCACAUCCCCAAACAAGUGAUACGAGUGUCCACGCUGUCCAAAAAUCGCUCAGAUCCGAGCUGUCUAGCUUGAGUUAGCUGGAAGUAAAGUUUUGACCGGAGCGCAAUCAUUCUCUGAUCUGGUGCCGAAUUACACAGUGCUAGAAAAUCCCAGUCACCUACAAUGAUGGUGUUUUUUGUUGGUAUUUGGAGCUCCCUCAAGUCCUUGGUAUAAUUUGAUGCCUCACCACCCCCUGUCUCACUAUUCUAAAUAGUGUUCUGAUAGGUGACUCUGGGACUGAGAAUACGCUUGGCAAAGAUUUACCAGAUCAUUGCAAGUUAGCAACCCGAUCAGGAGUUUCAGAAGGUUUGUGUGUUGACUCCUGGACCCCAGGAAAAGGGGGCUGGGCUAGGAGGCAUGGACUGGAGGGGUAAACAUGGUAAUUAUAGUUAUUUUUAUAAGGAGGUGGUGGUUGGGAGACGUGUACCAGUGCUGGGUGACCAGGUGGUCUGUCACAAUACUUUUUAGUGCAAAUGGGGUGGGGGCAUUAUAACAUUAGCAAUAUAGGGUAUUUCUUAAUGCGAUAGUGUUUCUUUAAUAAACAUAAAAUUAAUUGUGGGCAGUUUUAAAGCUUUAUUGAUCUAAGGAGCAAAUAUUUUUUAAGGAAAGAUAUUUAAAUAAUUAAGAAAUGUGCAUUUUGGUUUUAUGAAGCGAUUUGGUAGUUUGAGUAAGUUGCUCUACACUAUAUAAUUGUAUUAAUAUCCAAGAUUAACAAUUGUAAUAUUGUAUCUUCUCUAGAAAUGGGAGGUAAUCCUCUGGAAAAUGGAGGUAUCGAGCCUGGAGCUUUUGAUGGGCUGAAACUAAACUACCUGCGUAUCUCCGAGGCCAAACUGACUGGCGUCCCGAAAGGUAACGAUGGAAACAUUUUUACAUUUAAUAAUUGUUCCACUGGAACAUUUAGUUUAUUCAAUUAUGGACUCAAGUAAAGUAAUUGUUAUAUAUAUUAAAAUGGUAUACACAUAUGUUCCAUCUUGAGAAGAUACAUGUUAUACUAAUAUUUAAAAUACUCCAAACAGAGACAUAUUCCUUAAUUGACAAUGACAACCAAUAAUACUACCAUUACAACCUGGUAUUUAAAGACUUACAUCAUGCAAUGCCUUAAUUAUAUACUGUGAGGAACUCUGUGGAGCCUAGCUAGUGUUAAAUAAACGAGUUAUUUUAAACAAAGACAGUUGUUACUCGUGUCAUGUAUGGGGCCGACCCCUAAUGCAGGGAUAGGCAACCUUUGGCACUACAGAUGUUGUUGGCUACAUCCCCCAUUAUGCUCUUACACCCAUAAUGCUGGUAAAGCAUCAUGGGAGGUGUAGUCUGAAACAUCUGGAGUGCCGAAGGUUGCCAAUGCCUGCCCUAGUGGGCUUCAGAUGUAUUUAUGUUAGAAUUUAAAGUGACUUUCUUUUUGGAUAUACAGUUUUUAUUAGAGUUUCAACACACAGGAAAAAGAGAAAAAAUGGCAGACAAUGGAAAACAUUUAUUUCCAUUUUGACUUAAAGUUUGGCUACUCAGUUUGGCUACUCUGACCUUAAAUUUGAAAUUCACUAAUAACCCUGUAGGAUUUUUAUAUAUUUGCUUCUUAACUGUGUCUUGUUCCAAUGACAGAUCUUCCAAGCACAAUGAACGAGCUGCACCUCGAUAAUAACAAAAUCCAGGCCAUCGAAUUGGAAGAUCUCAUCCAAUACUCAAAUCUGUACAGGUAUGUCCUGGGAAUCAGUCUGCCUGUAUAUAGGGGUAUGUUCAGAGAAUUAUUCUGAAUAACUCCCAACAUACCGGCACUGCAGUUCGUAAAAAGAUUGGCCAGGCCCCGAGGGGUUUUCACAAUUGGGGGGUCCACUCAGUGACAGCCUGACCAAUCUGUCCCCAACCUUCAGGACAAUGCAGGGAGAGCUGCUGAAGUACUCCCUGCAUAGCCUAAGUGUCUGUUCCUCAGCGCGAGUGCAUAUAAUGAUAUGCGAUCGAUAUAUUGCCAAGGUACAGAUCCCUAAUGUCCCCCGAUGCAAGAUACCAGGGAACCGAAGCGGGAAGGUGGGACAGAGGACAGUCCAACUUUUUAAGACUGUUGGGUAGACAUGUGCUAUUCGUUUCGGGCCGAAUAUGAAUUCGGACUAAUUUUGGGAAAUUCAGACAUUCGUGUACUUCCGAAUGUCCGAAUAGCCGAAUUGCCGAGGUCCCAAAGUUCCGAAAAUAUCGAAUUUCCGGAAUGCCGAACCGAACCGAAAAUGUUUCCCAUGCACAUGCCUACUGUUGGGUGACCUGGUUCUGUCAGUCUGCCUAUUUUUGUCUGCAUACAUCCCAAGUGUCCCUAUUUAGGAGGGGAAGUCCCAAUUUGGGUCCCAAAUCUCUCUGUCCCUCUUCUCUAUCCUAACUUCUCUCUUUUCUAGGAACUAUGUAUUGUUGGUGUGUCUGAGUGUAUAACAGAGCUCCACAGCAAUAAUACUCUCAGUAAUGUCUUUAAACUACAAUAAACAUGUUUAGAAAUCAGUCUGUGUAAAUAGGAUCCAUUGUUCUUGUUCUAAAUAACAUUUUAAUUUGUAAUUUUUUUGUUUUAUCAGCAAGUCAGUUAAAAUGUCUCACAACAGUCCAGCCACAUGUCACACCAACACUCACUCCCUUAAAUUGAGUGCCCCUCUUUGUCCAUUUGAAAUGCUGGGAAUUAUUUGUAUGGGUGUGGUGUGGUGGAACUCACUAUGCUGGAACUGCCAUCUGAGCUGUGCAGGGAGGUGCAAGGUACAGACAAAGUGAAUCCAAAAGCACAGUCAAGCCAGACCCCUGCCCACGCAAUCAUUCUGCCCACCUCUUCUAUAUUUUCUGCUCUGUUGGGUGCACGUAUCCCUACGAUGUCCAUUGGGGUCGCUGACGACGCCAGCCCUAGCCAGAAUUACGCAGAGGACGCUGCCAACACCACAUGGCACUACUGCAAGAUGAAGGAGUUAUGAAUGGCACAACUAUCCUGGUUUGACACGUAGUUUGGGAAGAGAGGCGAGACCCAGAGAAUUUGUAUGAUAUCGGAAUCAGUCUGGGCACAUUCUGCAGAUCAGUCCGCCAAUCUGAAUAUUUUGAUGGGCACAUUCUGGGAAUCGUUAUGUCAGUCUGCUUAAUUAAACGGGUUCUUUCUAAGAAUCCAAAGCAAACAAAACAGGCAGUAGAAGACGGUAUUGCAAUAAACAUUUAUAUCCUAUAUUCAACAAUGAAGGCCCUGAAAUAUAACAUUUAUGGUUACAAUCAUGUCUAAAGCACAUAUUCACUAACUGUAUUUCAUGCCGCCUCUAGCACUUCAAUGGUUAAUGGACUUCCUGUAAACUCUUCAUGUGGUUUAAAUAGCAGCUGUUUGGGAAGCAGACCCAAGACUAGGCCCCUUGCCAUCCCAAACUGUUCUGGAUCCCAUUAUAACAAUGUAUAUUCAGAUUACAGCAGGCAGACCCAGCAAACAGCUUGCGUAUUUCCAAAACUAGUGAUUUCUGGAAUAAGAAAUGUGGUCACGGCAUAAAGUUAUAUAUAUAUAUAUAUAUAUAUAUAUAUAUAUAUAUAUAUAUAUAUAUGAAGGAAAAUCGUACAUCAGAUAAACCAUGUUUCAUUCAAAUUUCAAUCUAUUUAAAAAAUAAAAUAAAAUCUUUGUAUCUUAAGGGGACACAGCAGGCUGGAUCAAAGCCCCUUUUGUGUUACAUUACUGAGGUAAUAUAUAAAAAAAAAGUAAAGUAAAUAAAUGAUUCAAUAAAACUACCAGGAAAUGCACUGCAGCUCUGUCUGCCGGUCCUAGUAUUCAUCAUCCAAUGUUCUUAACCUAGAACUCCCUAUCAAAUCCAUAUUCGGAGGGACAGUCACAAUUUGGACAUAGCUCAGGUUUUUUUUUCUUUGCUGCCUUACUUUUAUAGACUUAUUCACUAAAGUGAGAAUUGUUGGGAUUUUGAAAGUGAAUUUUAAAAUAAAGGCCAAAGUAGCCAAUCUGGUAGGAAAGCUAACUUGGAGAAUGUUUCCUGUUCAUCUAUUUUGGCCUUAAAUUUCAAAUUCACUUUGGCUUCCCGACAAUGUAUCACCAAUGCAUGUGGCACUGAAAGACCAUCGUCAGUGAGCCGACAUCGGCAGCUCUAAGAGUAAGUGCGGACCCGGGUGAUUAACCGACAAGAAUGUAUUUCAUCUCAACAUUCCCUAUUUGGUCAGGUCUGUAGCCAUUCGUCACCAGUAAAAAAUGAUACUUCACUUGUAUAACUCUUCUUUGGAACGUCUUCCUGCUCCCAUCCUUCAUUCAUUUCUCCCAGAGUCCUAGCACUGGGACAUAUGAUACUGAGAAGUGGAAUCCUUCCCUAGGGCAGGUAUAGGCAACCUUCGGCACUCCAGAUGUUUUGGACUACACCUCACAUGAUGCUUUGUCAGCAUUAUGAGUUUAAGAGCAUUAUGGGGGAUGUAGUCCAGAACAUUUGGAGUGCCGAAGGUUGCCUAUACCUGCCCUAGGGGGUUAUGGGAAAUGUACUUGAGCAGUUAGCAGUAUUUUAUGAAAACACAUGAAUGAAACUACUGCUCAAGAGCUGCCUACCGACAUGCCCCAGUCAGAUCAUUUGAAACACCAUCAUAAUGUGGCCUAGUGUAGACAGGAAGAGAUGAGAAGAUGAAUCCAAACGCCUCAUCUAAGGGGACAGGAGUGAGGCAGUGGGAAGUCCUUGAAGAUGGGAGGACUAUGGCUGGUUCAGUAUUCAUGAAAAGUAUCAAAGUUUGAGAUACGGUUACAAAAUUGAUUGUGAAUAGCCUCAAGUGAAGUUAGUAAACAGCAAGUAAGUGAGCUAAGAGUCAAGAAGGCAGUGGACAAGAAGAUUGUUGGGUAAAUGAGGUUUCAGUAAUUAACAUGGUGGUAACAGACAGCUUCUUGCCUUGAAGCAGAGGAGGUAAUUAUAGUGAUGGGGAAUGUGGUGGGGACAUGGUCAAUGGAGUAAUUUGGAACAUUCAUAAACUGGCAAUUAUUUUGAGAAAAUGAAACCAGGACAUGGUACACACAUUAGCUUUAAAAUAAAAUACAUUACAUAUAAUUUAUACAUUAUGCUAUCAAAUGCAUUGAUUUGAUUUGAUUGUUGUCUAAAAAUAUGGUCCCUCCUAACAAACCAGUUAAUUCUUAGCAUGAACAUCUUUAAGCCAGUGGUACAGAGACAGGUUUGAGUGGCAGGUGGGAGCAGGAGAACCUGCUCUUCGUCAAAGUGAUAAUCAGAGAGGGAGUAUAUAGAACAUUCUGAAGCCAAUUGCACUGUAAUCACAUCAGGGUAAAGGGCAGAGGUCGGGCAUUACUAUCAUGUAAAUACCCACAGACCUUUGGAAAUGGAAUAACUGGUACUAGGGUAAUACGUUGAGGAAAGCUAUAAUAGCUCCUAAACCAUAUAAAUAUGUACUCGUCUUAUAUAUAAAUUAUUUAUUUACUGUUUUAGUGUCUGUUAAAACUAUGUAUCAGGUCCUAACAAAGGCCUCGAUUUUUUAUAUUUUGGGAUAAUCUUUUUAGUUGAUUUAAUAUUUGUGGAUAAACUUUUCAAAUGUUUUUGUCUACAAAAAGCAUUGAGACUUGUUUUGUUACAAUGGCUACAUUUUUGGUUAUUUUGUAAAUGUGUGUGUUGGUGGUCUCUCUAGGUUGGGACUGGGACACAAUAACAUCCGAGUGAUAGAAAAUGGCAGCCUUUCUUUCAUGCCUUCUCUGAGAGAGCUCCACUUGGACAACAACAAGCUCUCCAGAGUCCCCCCUGGACUCCCGGAUAUGAAAUUUCUGCAGGUAACACCAUUUACGGAAAAUAUAACUUAAAUACACCAGUGUCCUAUAAACACCUUCCAGUGACAUGGUUUGCAGAUCCUAAAUGGUUGAAUCAUCAAUACCUCCUGUGACAAAGUACUUUAUAGAAUGUUUGAGAUUUGCAUAUUUAUUUUCUACACAGAUUCAGUUUACAUUAAACUAGACAAAACAGCAUAGAUAUAUACAAUUCCAGUGAAAUUGGAUAUACAUGCCAUCAAUUAGUCCUUAAUCACAGUGUGAUGUAAUGCGAUUUGCAAAUCAUGCUAUGUAUAGGUCCAUGCACAAAAUGUAAUUUCACCAUACCUGCCAAGUGUCCUUAUUUAGGAGAGACAUAGUCCCUAGUUUGGGCAGAUAGCCCUCUGUCCCUUUUUUCUAUCCUUACGUCCCUUUUUUUUCCUAGGAGCUCUGUAUUGUUGGUGUGUCUGAGUGUAUAACUCAGUGUAUGUAGCUAGCCUGGGUGUGAUCUUAUGCCCAUAAACCACUGUUCACUAGAAUUUUAUGGAAUAAGUAGUUUAUAUAAUGGAAUUGAGAGUUCUGACUUCCUUACUGAUAGCUGGGGAGAGGAGGCUGUCUUCUAGGUGCAUUCCUUUUUACAAAUCACAGAACCGAAAGUGCAAUAAUGCAAAGUGGUUAUAGGGCUUAAAGUGAUCCUUUAAUUACACAAACAGUUUAUUUAAUUAUUUAAUUUUUCAUUCUCUUCUACAUCAGGUGGUUUACCUACACUCAAACAACAUUACCCAAGUCGGCGUGAAUGAUUUUUGCCCAAUAGGUUUUGGGGUGAAGCGUGCCUAUUACCACGGAAUCAGCCUUUUUAACAACCCAGUUCCAUACUGGGAGGUGCAGCCGGCCACAUUCCGUUGUGUUACCGACCGUUUGGCCAUCCAGUUUGGGAACUACAAGAAGUAA